GAAAAAGGCCCGAAGGCGAACUUCUCCCCAAAUCUGAGAGCCACCAAUCGCUGGAAGCAAAAACAAAGACCUAUCCUUUUUUUGUUUUAAUACAAAGAAACAAAGAGAAAGUAAACUAGUGUCAUCACUCUAAAGCAAUUAGUCUGUGCUAUCCAAGAACCUUAUAAGUUCUGUUAAAGCUUUCUUUUACGGUACACUUAUUACCAGGUAAUUAACAGGUAAUUACCUAGUAACAACAUGAAAUUAUCUGGUAAUAACAUCAUAACUACUAAUUCAAUACUGUCUAGCUACCAGGUAGGUAACCUUCCAUCAUCAUACAAAUUUGAAGCCGAAUUGCUCUGGUAUUUCCAAGAUUUUCUCUGCUUCCUGGAACCGCCACAGAUAAUUUCAUGUUGUUACUAGGUAAUUACCUGUUAAUAAGUGUACCGUAAAAGAAAGGGUUACCAAAAGUUCUUAUUGAGGUACAACAUACAGCUAAUUCUAUUUUUCGGCUGAUGGCGACCUUCCAACAAUUCUGGUUUUGCUCGCGGUUUCUGCCUGCUGAUAGUGCUCGCCCAUCGGUGGUAAACAGGACUAUGAAAAAAACAUGCCAGACCUGCAGAGUGUGUUGAGUAUCAUUUGAUUGGGCUUGUUGUGAUUUGGCUCCAUAAAUAUUGAUUGAUUAAUUGAUAUUUCUUGCAAAUGAGUGUGUUCAGCAAACUGAGAUGGAAAAGGUCUCACAGUGCAUAUAGCCAAAAAAGCUUUGAUGCUCUUAGUGAGUUACUGUCAGCCAAUUUAUAUACAAGACUUACUUGUAUCCACAGUUGUCCUACAUAAAGGAGUCUUUAAAUGAUGUUCUUCUGCACAAUUACAAAGAAGAAGCAAUAAUAUCACAGCUGAUCUUUCAGAGUUGAGGCAGCUGGCAUGUCAGAUAGUUCAAUUCACUUCCUGGUAAAUCUGCAGCUACUGUUUGCUGAACUCUAAACAAUCCAGAUAUUUUCAACACAUACUUUACAUGAUCAUGUUUGCUGUAUCUUUCCCAAAUGCUCCACCCAUUAAGAUCAUACUGCUAUUUAAAAAGAGCUUGUAUAGACUCCACUCUACUCUUUUGAGCCCCAUGGAGACUUCAAAAUAACUCACUCGAAAGCCUCAAAAUUCACGUUACAGUUUGUUGAUCCAUAAAAACUGGACAUGUCAUUCGACAGCAAGAGCAGACUGGGUGUUCUGUUGUUUUUUAAGUUUCCAUGAAACACUGAACCAGCCAGCUGAUGGCUCACUUACACCACCUGCUGGUUACAUUUUGUACUCUUCAGUGCUCUGCAAACUUGACCCCGUGGUUGUACAGUAAAAAAACAUAAAUUCCUGCUGUAUUCAACAAAUGAUAAAUGUCUCCAUGUAUAAGGGUAAUCCAUUUUUGGACAGCUGCUGUGAGGACCUUUCUAUUAAAGAAUUGUUACCUUGUAGGCCACCUUUUGUGGGUCAGUUUUUUUUUCACAUAUGAUCUCAUCCUGUUGUCUUAAUUUGUCAAAUGUUUCACGAUUUGUGAAUAUUUCCUGUGGAAAAUAGGAAAAAAAACACAGUUUCUGUAAAUGCAUCCUGAAUUUUAGCCCCCUCACAGCACUUUUAGGCUUUAUUAGCUAACUCAAAUUGUCAGUCUUAUUGAUGAUGGUGUUGUUUUCUUUUGUAGAUCAUGGGAGUGUAGCAUGGAGGGGGCAACUCUGUGUAAGUAUCAAUCUUUAUGGUGAUCUCUACUUGAAAUAGAUCCACCCUUUCUCUAAUGUAUAUAGGGGAGAGUAAGUUGAGCCACCCCCUGUUGCUUGGAAAUGGCAAAAGAAAUUGAUCAUGUGACCAAAUAUUUAGGAGAUGGGCAUCAAUUCAUGGAGUCUGUGAAGGUUAGAAGCACAUGAGUGAAGGGGUUAGACAUUUAUUUCCAUUUUUCACUCUUGAAAGUGAAUUUAGUCUGUCAUAAGUUUGAUAUGAAUUGUGUUCAGACCAAAAAAGAUCAUUUUAAAUUAGUUUUAUGCAUUAAUUGUGGUAUCUAUGAGCUACAACAUGAGGUCAAAAACCUAACAUAAACUUAACUUACCCCGCUCCUAUGGUCAACUUACCCCAUACACGGGGAAAGUUGACCAUAGGAGACCACUUUUUUUGGCAUGCUCUAUUAUCAAGACAGUUCUGUUUACACUCAUUCUGUUGGUUUGUAGGGAUGAACAACAUCUUGACAAAUAUGCAGAUACACUAGUUAGAGACAAAACAAUGAUUGCUUUAAUGUAGUGAUCCGAAAUAUGAAAAAUGUCUCAUCUUACCCCACUCUCCCCUACUGUAGCUGCCUCUAACUCAAAAUCAGCUGUGUCCCUCUUUAAACCACCAGGUGGCGCUGUAGGACCAAAAGUGUAUGUUGCUGUUAUUAGGAUGGGAAAUGUUGAGGCUCUAAUUUAUCAUUCAGGAAUAUUUUUGUUCUUUUCUGACAAAUGUUCAACUUGUAUCAUCCGGAUUAUAGAUUCUACAUUUCAUUCUCUAGGUGAACUAUUAUUAUCAUGUGACACACAGCCUUAUUGAUUUGGGAUAAUCAAGAUAAAUUAGUCUCUAAAAUAAAGAUGAGAAGAAAAAAACAACUCAUAAAAAUAUGUAACUUGUCACAUUCAGAAAGAGUUGUAUCUGGAAGAAGUGAGGUUUUGGUUUUAGGAUUUACUUUAUAAAAACAUCAAGUAUUUAAUGCUCAUUUCCACUCUUCUGAACCAGGGUGCAGGAGUUUACGUGUCUCCCUCAAAGGCAUCAGUUAAUCGGCUUCCACUUUGGCAAAACAAACGGGACGACCACUGACUGAAAGAAGGACAAAAAAUCCCCCCUAGCGGCAGAACCAGCGGCUGGUUGAACCAUCAGCAGCAGCAUCAGCAGCAGAGAGAGAAGAAGAGAAGAGGAAGAGGCUGUGUUUGGAUUAGGGGGUUGGGCUGCCCGCUGGUAGAGAGAAACCUGCCGCCCUGACACCCACUUUGUCUCCGGCGGUACAGCGUCGCCCUCCCGCAGCAUCAGCAGCAGCAGCAGCAGCAGCGACGCCGCAGCGCAGCGCAGCCUCCAGCCUCCUCACCCGCUCCUCAUCUGCGCCUCUUGUCCAGCAGACACAAACACCGCAGCCGCAGCAGCAGCACAGGGAGCGGACGGACAAGGACGACCGGCUGUAAGUUACUGCUGUUUUUGUUGUUUUGUCCCUGAAAAGGAGGAUAAAGGAUGUAAAAGUGAAGUGUUGUUGUGGUGUUUUUUUUUGUUAUUUUGGAAAAGCUCAGUCUGAAAAUUGUGUUAUCUCCCUUCUAAUCGCAUGUUUUAGAUAUGAUUAUAAUACUUUCCUUGCAUAAAUUCACAUUUAAAGCUAAAUAUCAUGAGAAUAUCCAGUUUAAGUUGAAUCUUCUUCCUGAGCUGAAAGGCUGUGAAGUUAAAAUGCAUCAUUUCUUCCAAUAUCCCCCUCCAUCCCAGGAGCAGUCUUCAGGGAAAUAAAGGGAAUAUAUUAAAGGUCGGUGAAAGAUGGUGAAACUGGGGAGUAAUCUUCAGGACAAAGGGGCCAAACCUGUGAGUGUGGAGGACGGCUUUCAGAAUGUGCCCCUCAUCACUCCUCUGGAUGUUGGCAGCCUGCAGAGCCAAGCGCCUGACAAGGUGAGCAUCACGGUCCGCCUCAGUCCGGGAGUUUGCCAGCUUGUUUGUGCAUCUGUCUGUUUUUCUUAAUCUCCCUCUGUUUAUAUUUACUCACUGUUGUUGACCUACCUUGUCCUCAAACCCUCUUAUGCUGCUCAAACCCCCCCCCCCAACCCAACCUUGUCCCCCAAACACAAAAACACACACACACCCACUCACACUUUCAUUCAGUCACACGUUCAUUCAUCUCAGCUGUCACCCGGCUGUGUCCUUUGUUUUCCAGCUGAGAUUAGGAGACAGAUUUGGUGCCAGACAGACUGUCAUUUAUCAUCUCGACAUCCCAUAAUAACUGCACCGCUGCUUGUUAAUCCAGUUACCAUGGUGGCAGAGCAGUGAUUGGUGUCUUCAUGUAGGUUUGGCCUAAAAGCUCCACUGAUUCCACAUUAUGGAAAUUAAUGCUGUUAGACAAUUUUUAAGCUCAUAGAUGCCAGAUUAUUAUGGAUCUGUUAUUUGACAGCGUUUGAUUCAGCCGUGUGACAUCAAUCUAUAGUUCUGCCCCGACCAUUUACGAACCAAAAGGGUAAGCUAAAUGCUCUCUGCCUAACAGCAGACGAUUUUAUAGCUACUUAAUACUAAUGUUAAACGACAUGGAUCUCCUUUGGGACAAACAACGCUGGAACAGACAGCUCUCCAUUCUUGUUGUCUGUCCCAAAGGAGAUCCAUGUCGUUUAACGUUAGUAUUAAGUAGCCGGUGUAAAUUUAAGUUAUGGUCAAAUACACCGUAACACCAAGUUACCCGGGAUUUCCAGCAGCGAUUUUCGCCGUACGCCAAAUUUCGAUGAAUUUCGUGGCAGAUUGCGGUAAUCGCGAGAACUCACAAGAACCCACGGAUGAGGCUAACCAUAAUAACAGUAGAUCGUGUCCUUCCAGAGGAGGAAAACCACUUCUAGACUUCUAAAAUCAGCAUCUCCUCAUCCAUGGUGUCAUCAGGGUGAAAUGAUGUCUAUGAACCUUUCGCUUGUUGGUCUUCGCCCAUGGUUGCAUGGUGUGAAAUACGAUUUGCCUGAAACAUGGAUGUUUUAUUUUGAUAAGAAGCCAGAUGUUUUAUUUUGUGUCUGUGCCUGACUUCCUUUCCAGCACGGGUUAAUCUGUGCUAAAUCUAUCCAGCAUGCUCCAGUGGAAAAAAAUAGAACUCUUGCGAUCCGCAGCUGAAUGGAAAGACGCCGGUCAAAUUAACACGUUGACUUGAAUCGUUACGAUCAGCUACGAUCGACGAAUGCGGCCUUUUCGUAGCCGUUCCGGAUGUGGUGGAAACUGGGGGUUGGACACCCCCUCGAGAGAUGAAUGUUGCCGACUGCUUGCUUCUCUAGUUGUACAAAUUUUAGUAAUGACCGCACGAUAGCAAUACACAGGGGUCUACGUCUCCACAUGCAAACCUCAACCAAAACCUCACAGAUAAUGCUCAGAACAGCACCUAACUUCAUCAACAGUACAUGUAGGGUCCCAGUCACCAAACAUCUUUUUAGCUUUGCCUAAUUUCUUUAGCAAAGAGACUAAACACAACUUUCCUCCAGCAGCCGCUUGUUUUCGGGAGCCCUGACGAGUCGAUCACCGAGUGCAGCGGAGUUUUGCUGCUCAAGGAAGAACGUUUAUGAUUAUCACUUCAUGGAAAUGCAAUCAGUUUGAGAGGCUAAGACAGAAGAACGGCCGCGUCUGCAGUGCAAAAUGAUUAUUAUGAUGAUUAUUACAUCAUGGAAAUGAUCUGGGCUCUGUUUCCAUGUGUUCAAAAUGCAGUAACAAGAUGCUGCUGGGCAGCUGAGGGCAAAGAAGGGAUGGAGAAUGAAUUAUUGAGUCUCUCUCGAACAGUUCCUUAAUCUUCCCACCAGUACCUCUGAAGCUCACUCAUUAACACAGUCUAUCUUUGGGAAGUCACUGCCUCCAGCCAUAAAGACAGUCUAGUCUGAACAACUUUGAAGAGACAUUUGUCCUUUUGAGAUUGUUGGAUCAAUCAAGCAGAUGCUCAGCCUCAGAGGUGAAAGAGGGUGGAUUUUUACACCUCUCACAAAGCCAUACAAUGCUGAAUGAAGCUUUGCUGCAGGCUCCAUCAGCUACAAGUUGGAGUUCAGACAUGGCUGGUAGCAACUAUUCAUGUAUGUGUAAAUACAAAGUGAGUAACCACUGUAUAUUUUCAGUGGAACAGUCAAACUCUGAUUUGUGAUGGGUUUUUAAAGAUUUAGAGGUAGUGGUUAAGGCUGCACGAUAUUGCAAUAUUUUUCAACCCUUCGAUAUGUGUUGUGAUAUUAAAAAAAUACAGGAAUUUUCACCAGAUGACCAGAAGAGCACUUUAUGCUACGCUGCACUGCUGAAGUCUUGUGAACAAUUAACCUGCAAUGUUAGUAGAAUGGCUUCUUUCUUUCUAAGAGAUAUUUUAGCAUGCUUGGGACGUUAUUGUGGCAACAAAUGAACACAGAACACGUGUUAUGAUCGACAUCAUCCUUCUUGUAUCCGAAAUAAUUCCAAAUAACUGACCUUGCUGUUCUUUUUUGGCAACAAAUCUUCAUUUUCUGUGGUUUUCUCUUGUUUGUUGCUCAUUUUGCAGUCGUUGUUGUUGUUACCGGUGUUGUGCCGACAAUUGCAUGCACCUCGCGCACAGGUACUUGCGAUGACGAUGCUCAAACGAUAUAUUGUGCAGCAGUAGUAGUAGUGACCUGAAUGGUUGUGUAACAGCAUGAGAGUUUCAGAAGUCCUAGCCUGCUGCCAAUAUUGUGGAAAAAAAGCAGGUUAUCCUGAGUCCUUGGAGAGUUAGGAAACAGGCAAAGAUAGUGGUCUGCAGAGCUCUAAAAAACAGUUUUUUUAUAUUCAUCAGAGUCUAAACAUUAUCCAAGUUGCAUGUUGUUUUGCCUCACAAAACCUGCCUAUGGAUACUGUUUUACAGAUGUGAUGAUUCAUAAGAUGGGUAUCCAAUUUUCAGAUCAAUCUCCUAAAGUGGUUUAACCGUGAAGGGAUUUUAGAAAUCGCCCAAAAUAACCUCAAAAAAAUAAAAAAGCAACAUUUUCUGUUUGAGCUGCUACACACACACACACACACACACACACACACACACACACACACACACACACACUUAAUACAGUACAGCCGGAUGCCUUGCUGUGUAUUCUGCUGAGGGAGGCACAGUGUCUUUCAAAUUCAUCUACCUGUUAACUGGGGAGGCUCGUCUUUGGCAGCACACACACACACACACACACACACACACACACACACACACACACACACACACACACACACACACACACACACACACACACACACACACACACACAAACACAUGAAGGCUUGCACUUUUAUUCACUGGGGAGCUUGCCUGUAUUCAAAUGUGUGUGUCUGUGUACACUAGGAAUGUGAGCCUGUGUGUGUGUGUGUGUGAUAUUGUGAUUGACAAGUCAGUUCUGUCAGCAGCCAUCAGUUCAUAACAUGACAUUCAUAGAGCUGUCAGUCAUUUUACUCUGAUUAAAUCACUCCCACUAGACUGGAGUGCACGGCUACAUUUACUGCACUCAUAGCUGCCACUGUGCGGCGAUUACACACACCACACACACACACGCGCAUGUACGUCACCGUGGCAGUGUAGUGUGUGAUUGCUGAAGGGUGAUUUAGCCUGAUUGCUUGAGCAGGUAUCGAGACAGAGAAAGACCUGGGUGAAGUAUGAUUCCCCGUGAUACACUCUGAGUUAUUGUUGUUGACAUUUGAGAGAAAAGAGGUCAGACUUCUCGGCUGGCUGUUUUGUUGACUAACUGUGAAUUUUUACAUGCCUCGGGAGACGUGGACACAAAGAUUGCUGUUCCUUGUUGCGUUUGCAUACACUGGCUGACAGCUGCUGCAGAUUUCAUAUGCUGCACACUCACUCCCAGGGCUGAAAAAUAGUCAGUUCAGCCGCCGCGUAAGCUGGUUUAACUUGUCGAUUCUUGGAGGCGGUAGAGGAAAAUGUCUCUUUUAGAAAUCAUUAUGCAAAUGUAGAGAGGUCCAUUUGUUUUUACAUGGGACAGAGUGGGAGUUGUAAAGGUCAAUUUGCUGCUAAAUCUUUAAACGUGUCUCCAGCUGUGAGGGGGAGAAUUUGUCUUUCUGAUAAGCGAUGCAUGAACGCAGCGAUGGCCAAGAGAAAUAAUAAUGAAAUCUGUAAUUAGAUGUCAGAGCAGGGGAGGUGUUAAUGAUGGCUAUCACACUUCAGUUGAUGUAAUAGAAUUUCUGCAUGCUAUAAUUUAUCCUGCUCUAUGAUCGCACUGUUAUGUCCUUUUGAAAUCUAAAGUAGUUAUAUGUUUGUGUCCUUGUGGUGAUACUUGUAAAUAUAAAUGCGUAGUUAAACUCGUGAGGCAGCAGACACAUCUCUGACACAGUACAAUGAUACAAUCUAACUACAAACAAAGAUGCUAUGAUAUUAUUAUCAUGCUUUACUGUGAUUUUUUGUCCUAUAUUUUAAAAUACUAUACAAUGAUAAUUUAUCCUACUAUACAAUGAUAUUUUUAUCAUACUAUACUAUGGCAUUUUUAUCAUACUAUACUAUGACAUUUUACUCUACUAUACUAUGACAUUUUUCAUCAUACAAUACUCUGACAUUUUUUUAUUUUACUAUACAAUAAAAAAGUUUUCCAUGAUAAAAUUUGACAUUUUAUCAUACUAUACUAUGACAUUUUUAAACAUACUAUACUAUUACUUUUUUCAUACUGCAAUUAAAAUCUUAGCAUAGUAUACUAUGACAUUUUUUUAACAUACAAUACUAUAACAUUUUUGUUAACCUACAAUACUAUGAAAUAUUUUUAUCAUACUAAACUAUGGCAUUUUUUAACAUACAACACUAUAACUUUUUUAUCAUACUAUACUAUAACAUUUUUUAUACGAAUAUUUGAUAUUUUUAUGAAACUUUACUACAACAAUUUUUUCAUACUUUAAAUUUGGAAUUCUUAUCAUACUAUACUAUAACAUUUUUAAACAUACUUAACCAUGCCUUUCUUCAUACAAAAUUUUGAAAUUUAAAUCAUGCUUAACUAUGACAUUUUUUAUCAUGCUAUACUAUGACAUUUUUUUGUCAUGCUAUACUAUGACAUUUUCUUGUCAUACUAUACGAUGAGAUUUUCUAACAUACUACACUAUGACCCUUUUUCAUAUAAAAAUUUAAAAAAUCAUGAAAAAAUCACUAUGACAUAAUUGUUGUACUAUACUAUGAAAUUUUAAACAUACUAUCCUAUGACAUUUUUUAAUACUUAAAUUUGGAAUUUUUUUCAUCCUUUACUAUGACAUUUUUUAUCAUGCCAUACUAUGACAUUUUUUUAACCUACAAUAUUGUGAUUUUUUUUCCUACUAUACUAUGACAUAUUUUAAAUGAAUUUUAUAUAUUUUUGUCAAACUUAACUAUGCCUUUUUUCAUUCUAAAAUUUGGAAUUCUUGUCAUACUACUCUGACCUUCUUUAACAUACUAUACUUUGACAUUUUUGAAUACUAAAAUUUGACAAUUUUAUCAUACAAUUCUAUGACAUUUUUAUAUCUUACUAUACUGUGACAUUUUUUAACAUACAUUACUGUGACUUACUUUAUCAUACUAUACUGUGUAUAAACAACAUUUUUUAAUCAUACUAUACUAUGACAUUUUCUAACAUAUUAUACUAUGACAUUUUUUAUCAUGCUGUACUAUGACAUUUUUUUGUCAUGCGAUACUAUGACAUUUUUUUAUCAUACUAUACUAUGACAUUUUUUUAUCAUACUAUACUGACCUUUUUUAACAUACAAUACUAUGACUUUUUUUACAGACUAUAUUAUGACUUUUUUUUUAUCAUACUAUACUACGAAAUUUUUAGAUGAAUAUUUGAUAUUUUUGUCAUACUUUACUAUAACUUUUUUUCAUACAAAUAUUUGACAUUCUUAUCAUACUAAACUAUGACCUUGUUUUAACAUACAACACUAUAAACAUUUUUAUACAAAAAUUUGAAAUUUGAAUAAUACUUCACUAUGACAUUUUUUUUCAACUUAUACUAUAAAUUUUUUUUUAUCAUACUAUACAAUGAAAUUUUCUAACAUACUAUACUAUGACCUUUUUUCAUACAAAAAUUUAAUAUUUCAUCAAAUUUCACUUUGACAUGUUUAUGGUACUAUACUAUGACAUUUUUAAUAUACUAUACUAUGACAUUGUUUAUAUGAAUAUUUUAUAUUUUUUAUCAUUCUUUACUAUAAAAUGUUUUCAUACUAAAAUUUAAAAGUCUUAUCAUACUAUACUCUGACAUUUUUUAAUAUACAAUACUAUGACAUUUUUUAUCAUACAAUACUAUGACUUUUUUAUUAUACUAUACUAUGACUUUCUUAUAUAAAUUUUUAAAAUUUUUAUCAUACUUUACUAUGAUAAUUUUUUCAUACUUUAAUUUGUAAUUUUUAUCAUACUAUAACAUUACUUUUUUUUAUCAUACUAUUCAAUGCCUUUUUCCAUACUGAAAUUUAGAAUUUUUAUCAUACAAAUUGGCAUUUUGAUAACACUAUACUAUGACAUUUUUUCCAUCCUAUACUAUGACUUUUUAUAUCAUACUAUACUAUGACAUCUUUUAAGCCAUACUAUACUGACUUUUUAGACAUACCAUCCUAUAGUAUUUUUUCAUACUAUACCGUGAAACUUUUUAUCAUACUAUACUAUGACAUUUUUUAAUAGAAUUUUAGAUUUUUUUAUCAUAGUUUACCAUGACAAUUUUUUCAUACAAAAAAUUGGAAUUUUUACCAUACUAGUCUUUUUUUAUCACACUAUGCAAGGCCUUUUUCAUACUGAAAUAAAUAAUUUUUUAUCAUACUAAACGAUAGCAUUUCCAUCAUACUAUACUAUGACAGUUUUUUACAUACUAUGCUUUGAAAUUUUUUAAUGCAAAAAUUUGAAAUUUUUAUCAUACUAUACUUUGACAUUUUUUAUCAUUCUAUACUAUGACAUUUUUUUAUCAUUCUAUACUAUGACAUUUUCAAUGUACUACACUAUGACUUUGUUUAAUACUAAAAUCUGAAAUUUUUCAUUAUACUAUACUGUGACAUUUUUAUCAUACAAUACUAUGACAUUUUGAAUAUACUAUACUAUGCCUUUUUGUAAUACUUAAAUUUGAAAUUGAUCAUACUAUACUUUGAUUUUUAACAUACUACACUAUGAUUUUUUUUUUUUUAUCACACUUAACUUUGAUGAAACAGCAAUCUAAAACCAGGUAAGAGUUGAAAAAAAGGAGAAUGGCAGGAAUUAGUAUUUUAAUAAGGGAACUCAGGACAGCAGUACCACAUACACACACAAAAAAACAAUCCUCACAGAACCAAGGACGAUAUAAUUAUUGACAACAAAAAACAAUCCUCUCAAAAACAGGAUGACUAAUCAAGAACAGAUGACAGACACAAAACCUACUUUUUCAGUAUAAACAAAGGGAGAAAUAAAGAGACAACACACAGUCUAACACAAAGAGAAAUCACUUUUCAAUCACUAUUGGAAUCACACUAUCAGGCUACUGCUGCUGCUCCAGUGCAGAACAUCACACUGGGGUAAGAGAGCAGGCCACAUGUCCUCUUCUCUCUUGAUCGCAGCAACUGAAGGUGAUGGGCCUCCUGCAAUUCAGGAGUGAAGCACACCCACAGACACUCUCACACAGACUCUCCCACUCACUCUUAUAAAGUCACACCCACACAGACACAUCCUCACAGACACUCACACACUCUUGGACACUCACCCACAUAUAUACAUAACACUGUAAUAUAAAAUUUUUAUCAUACUAUACUAUGACAUUUUAUCAUUAUAUACACUGAUAUUUUUAUCAUACUAUAGUAUAAUAUUUUGAUCAAACUAUAUUGUGACAGUCUUAUCAUACUGAACUAUGACCUUUUUUUAUUAUACUAUACUAUGUUUUUUUUCAUCCUUUUUUUUGACAUAAUAUACAAUGACAUUUUUUCUCAAAAUGUAAUAUCUUUUCGUCAUACUAUAAUAUGACAUUUUUUUAUUAAACUAUACUGUGAUAUUUUUAUCAUAUUUUGAUUAUUUUUUGUAUAAUACUAUGCCAUGACUUUUAUUUUUCCUGUCAUACGAUAUUUUUAUCAUAUUUUUCCAUGAUAUUUUAACAUACUCCACUAUGAUAUUUUAACAUACUAUACUCUGAUUUUUUUUAUUUUUAUUAUGGUUAACUUUGAUUUUUUAACCAUACUAUACUGUGACCUUUUUCAAUACUAUCAUACAAUAUUUUUAUAAUAUAUUAUUAUAUUAUGAUAUUUUUUAACAUACUAUACGAUAAUAUAUAAUACACCUUUUGAUGUGACACACCCCAGAACACCAUCACUUACUCCAACUUCAGUUAUCGAUAUAAAGUACACUUAAGAUACACAAGCUUUUUUAAGUAGAAUUUGUGGCAGAGCUCUUGUAUUGGGUUGUCCAGGUGUUCAUAAUGUUAUGCCUGGUCUAUUAGCUUGUAGCUUGAUAGGUCUGGUUUGAAUCGGGUGCGAGCACAUCGCUUUAUUUUAAUACAAGACUCUGGUUGAUUUUUCUGUAGUUUUGUUGCUACGAAUGAACCUUUUAAUGUUAUCAUACUGUUUCACAUAGUCUCUUCAUGUUUUGUUUUAUCUUUGAUAUGAAUUAUAGGGCGAACAAACUAAACCUUUCUGUGCAGUUCAGUCGCUACAUUCUUUUCACAAGAUUAUUUAGGAGUUUUCUGCCUAUGCUGACGAGGAGGAGUUGGAAACUAGCUGAGAAUGACCUACAGGUUGGAAUCAAACCAAGGCCACCCUGUUGAGGACAAAAUCCUCUGAGCGAGGGGAACAGGAUUGUGGUGCUAAGCAAACUGUCGCCCCUAGUCUUAACAUCUUAAAACAUUUUACACUAGUAUAAUCUCUGGGAUGAGAAUCUGUGUAAUCUGUCUAAAUUUAAAGUUGUUGUUUUUGCUUCCAGCUGAUGCAGACAGAGCUCUUUCUUUAUCAGCUUUUGUCUGGCCUUGAGGGUCUGAUGUGAGACCAGUUUUUUGCUCUCUGUCUUUACAAGUUAAUGCAGGUUUACGGGGUCAUGUGACCUGACUUGUACCCCAGAUGAGAAGCUUUAUAGAUACAACCCUGUCUGUUUUCUCUCUGAUCCAGCCCAAUAACUGAGUGACCUCCCCGACGACAGGGUUACCCAGGAAUAUCUGCAGGGGUGGGGUAAAGUUCACACACACAGGCACACGUAUUCAAACACAUAACAAUGCUGCUGUGGGCUGCAGAGGCAAAGGCAUUAGAGAGGUAUUAGAUUUGAUUCCAUCUGGGCAGGGACGCAUCACGGCCACCGCCACCACCGCCGGGUCGCCAAUAUCUUGAUUGGAUUGCUGCUAGUUUGAAAAAAAAGAAAACAACAAGCUGAAGAGAGUGGAGGACCAGAGAGAUGGUUAGACUGAUAGAUCAUUUCUUUGUGUUUGUCGUCUCUCUGGGAUCAAAGCUCGGGUUCAGAGACCUGCUUCAAAGGCUGAGACUUUACCUGACCAACAUGUCUCCUCAAAGACCCCCGUCCUUUUCUUCCUCCUCGUCGAGUGUUUUCUUCAGAGCAGCUUUUAAGUCUCAUUUAAUCUUAAUAACUGUGUGUUCUUACCUCCGUGAAUUACAAAGGGCUUCCCGUCAGAAGGCUGAUGAAAGGUUUAGUGUGUGUUGUGACAAUGUGAGGCCGUGUAACAAGAUGAAACAUCGUACAUGUUUAAUUCGACAAAUGAUCGUGAAUUAUACAUGACCUAUUUAACAUGUUGGCUGGAACAGGAGCUUUGGCAUCUGAAGGAAGCCAAAUUUACAAGAGUCAUGUUUUAAUAACACACUGUCGAUGAAAAGGACAGAGUUUCAAAGAUGAUUACAGAUGUCUAAAUCUUGUUUUUCUAAUCCAAUUUAAUCACUGAAUCACAGCCAGAUUUAUCAACAUUUUAAUUGCAUUUUUAAAUCUUUAUGAUUUUGCAUUUCAAAACAGUUUUAAAACAUAUCAACAGAGCAGUUUAUUUUCUUUUAAAGAUGUGUUUUUUAAGCUUUUUACCUUUAUUUGAAGAGGACUGAUGGCACGAAGUGUAAUGCACAUGAGGUACAGAGACUGUUUAGGAUUGGAAUUGUCUUGAAUUGGAAUUAAAGGAGCGCUAUAAAAUACACAUAAAGACAGCUAUGAAAAUGUUUGAACUGCUUUGUCGUGAGGAUCGACCAAUAAUUGGCAUGGCCGAUAAUAUCACCAUUUUUGCUAUCUUCUCUUUGCUAUCUGAUCCUCGGUCUCUAUGAAGCAUACAAGCUAGCAUGCCCUACCUCUAGUUCUUUUCUCAUUUCAAAAUAAAAGCAAGUGUUUCAAAAUGAGGCAAAAAUAUACACUUUUACUGCAAAUGAAUAUCAGUUCUAAAUAUUAGUUAUCGGUUGAUCCUUACUUUGUAAUGAUUUGCACACUCCAAACCAGCUAAGUAGCGUAGUAAGUAAGCACGCAGGUAGUUGACCAAAAGAGCAACUUUUCAGCCUGAGUUAUUUCUUUCAAAUAUCAAUGAAUGAAUUGACAUCUUAAUCCUAUUAUCAGUUCAAUUUUAAACAAUAAAUAUGGAAUCCAUCAUAAGAAAAAAACAACUCUUUAUUUAAAAAUCAAACAUUUCAUUAAAUAUCAAUGGUUGAGUUUUAUUUGGGUGACUAGUUUAAAAAAAGGGGACCUAUUCUCUCGUUCUUCAUCGCUCAGAUUAAAACCUGCUCGCUCUUUGUUCCUGGAGGAGUCCUCUUUGCUUUUAUGAACUGACUGUUUGAUAUUGUACUCUGAGUAAUCCAACAGCACUGCAGUGCUGCACGCUGGCUGGACCAGUCCUUCUCUUCAGGAAACCCAGCUGGUUUGUAUUCCGUGCGCGUGGACAGAUAUUGAUUUACACCUGUGGUGUGGAGGGAAUGCUAAUAACUGUUUUGUACUUACCUGGACAAAGAAGAGAAAGAGCAGUAACCAUGCAGAAAAACCUGCUGCUUUUCCAGCCAGAGCCCAGAGAGAGCUGUGUUUGUGUGUGUGUGUGUGUUUAUAUGAAACCAUUUCUUUAUCAAACAGGUAUAAUAAAUAAUUUUACAUCAUACAUUUUUACUUGAAUGUAGAAAAUGUGGCUGAUCGUGACAAACCGACUUUCCUUUCACUGACCUACAACCCCUCUGCUCUUCCAACACGCUGUUAUAAAAAGGGUCUAAAAUACUAUACUGCAGCUGAAAGUAGGGGAGACCGGGGCUUGUUGUCACACUUUUUACACUCUCAUAUUUCUUGCAAUCAAUUCAUCACAUAUAAACAAAAUGUGUACCAGAUGAAAGAACAAAGUCUCAGGUAUAUAUUUCAUAUUCAUGUCAGUUUCAUAUCUUGUGACAAAAUUAUUGUUAUCAUUUUUUUACUUGAAAGUGAACAUCAAAGUCAGGCACAGAAAAUUUUUAUCAUUGAGCUAAAGAAAAAGUUGUUAAAAAUAUUGAACAAACCUUAAUGUAAAUAUUGUGCAACAUGCUCUGGAGUUUGGAGAUCUGUCUGACUCUGUAUUUUGGCUGAGGUGAAUGUUUUGCAGUACUGAGCCAAGAUAUGGUUGUUGACAUUAAAGUCCUUUAUUUUCCUCUAGAUUGAUUUAUUAGCGAGGGUCACCUGUCUGACUGUCCUCACCAUCACGUCAGGAACUGCACUGACAUGUUCUGUUUUUCUGUUGUAAUUCCUGACUAUGUCUUCUCGCUUUCUCCUCUCCUUUAAACCGCUCUGUUCUCUGUAAAAAUAAAAUCGAAAUUUCAUUAUGAAAUUUAAUGUGACAACCAACCCCAAAAUGACUGAGACAAGUUGCCCUAAACUAUCGUGUUUGCUAAUUAAAGCUCUAGUUUAAAACAGAACAAUGACUGAGGUCUGACAGGAUGCCUUAAUCUCUCCUCUAACAAGUCCACAUGUAUCACUGCUGGGAUUUUUAUCUGGAAGAAGCUUAUUUUAAAAUAUAUAAAGUUAAAUUUUUUUACUUUGGGUUGUGCAAAAUGGUUAAUCAUCUCAGCUCACAAUGUGCUCUCCUCUUCUCAGACAGGACACUACCUCUGACCAUGUAGAGCAGGGGUCGGCAACCCGCGGCUCUGGAGCCGCAUGCGGCUCUUUCUUCCCUAAGCUGCGGCUCCCGAUGGAUUUGGAAAAUAAAUAAUAAAUACUUAAUUGCAUUUUUUUUUAUUUUAUUAUUAUUUUUUUUUUGUAAUUCUAAAUUCAAAGAUUAUAAUGCUCUUGUAACAUUAAAUAACCUAUUAAGGCUGCAACAACGAAUCGAUUAAGUAGAUUCGUCGUGACGAAAAAAUCCGUUGCCAACAAAUUCUGUAAUCGAUUCGUCGGGUCUUUAUAUAUGUCCAUGGACACCGGCGUGUAAACAUCAGCAGGACGCACAGAAAAGAAACAGCCAUGGCCGAGGCAGCGGCUGAGAAAAACAUGGACACAACCCUACCCAAAUCCCGAUCUAAAACAUCAGUGGUGUGGGAAAACUUCACCAAGACUGAAGAGGAAGGCGUUCAGUGCAACAUUUGCAAAGACCGUUUUGCAUGGCUCGGGAGUACAUCGAUGAUGCGUGAGCACAGGGCUCUCAAGUCCCACGCAUUCAGCGUAUGACACACGCAUUCCCACUCGUUCACACGCUCACACACCACACAUUGUAUUUCUCAUGCAUUUAAAUGAACACGGUGAUGUCCACCAAGUUGCACUUCUUCAACUAUGGAACUGGGGGAAAUCAACUGAGUUCCUCCGAGAGUUCAGAAGCUGCGUGCCACGCACAAGCCAAUCAAAUAAAGUAUAUCUACUGAACAGCCAAUCAAAAAGCAGCAUUGCUGUAUCCGGGUAGAUUUUGAUAUCUUGCGGUUUAACAACAGAAGAAGACAGACAGUCGCCGAAAUAGUUAAUUUAUUUCAUAAAUGCAACGCGCUACAGUUUUUUAUAUACUUUGUAUAAAGGUAAAAAAAAAAAAAAAAGAUAUAUGCAAUGUUAUCUUCAUUUUAGAUGUCAAAGAGGUUUUGUGGCUCCCUGUGUUUUCUUUUCUGUGGGAAACUGGUCCAAGUGGCUCUUUGAGUGUUUAAGGUUGCCGACCCCUGAUGUAGAGGAAUAAAACUAGUAUUCCACUUUUUAGUUGCGCCCUCUUUAAGAUAAUUGCAAUGUGACAACUUACACAUGUGACAACAAGCCCUGGUCUCCCCUACCCACCUAAUGUAUGUGGGCUUCAGUCCUCGCUGCUGUGGUCCCGGGUUCAAUAAGUUUGCUGGUUUUAUGUUGCUGAAGACCAAAUACAAAGAGGAAAAUAACAAAAGGAUCUGGUUUUACUCUCAUCAAGUGUCUAACAACACAACUUUAAUAUAUGAUUACAUGAUGUGAAACCUGAAGCACAGUUCUUACUGAAGAAUACAUUUUCAUUUUAGUGUUCUCUCGGCAGAUUUGUCCAGCGAAGUCAACCAAAUCCAACUUGAACCAUUAGUGUUGCUGUAUCGAGGAGUCCCCUCUUUUAUUCGCUGUUUUAUUCAUCACUGUAGUCAAACAUGUCAAAAACGUCAGCAGCUGCCUUCCACCCUGAGAUUUAAGCGGAAAACCAACACUCUCCUGCUGGAGCUCGGUCUUUUGGGGUGAAAUAUGAAACCACAAUCACAGUGAUAACAGAUCUGAGGAAUAACAUACUGAGGAAGAAAGGAAAGACUUUGACAGCUUUUCCACGGGGGGAAUCAAGUCAACGAAAUACUGUGAUGGGAGAGAAAAAGAUGGAGAGCAGCUGGUAGAGUCUGAAGAGACACUUUUUCUAAAAUGUCCCAUUUAAAAAAAAAUGUGGCAUUAUCUUUUUAACUCUUUAUCUCCCUUAUAUGCAGAAAUAGAAACUGAAAAGCCAACAUCGAGUCAUGUUAGCUUUAGAAACAUUCAGCAGGCAUUUCCCCACAGAGCAAAUAACUCUAGAGCUCUUUUAUUGAUCUAAAAGUGUCUUUAUGUCAGUGAUGGAGGUACUCAAAAGGUCAGAGUGACUCAAGGAAGUUCGCAUAAAAUAAACACGUCUAAUUGAAUAUCUGUAAAUAGACUCUCGCAGGAAAAUCGCACCGGAGGCGUUGCUUGUAUGUGCUGGAAUAAAUUACCUCCCACUGAUGUCAAAGUCUCUGUCAGUCUUAGUGUCACAUGAAAAGGUCACAGAGGGUGGAGGAGUUUGAAAUGGAUCAAAUCAUGAGACAAGAUAUGGGGCUGCAAACACACAGUUAUACUUGUAAAACCGUUGAAUAUACAGAGUCCUUUGGACGCACAAAUAAAACAGUGUUUAAGUUAUUUGUCCCUCCUAAAAUCACCUGUGUGUCACAUGUCUGCAGCAGUGAUCCAGAUGAACCAAUGGGAUGAGGGAGCUCGGGGACUCCCAGAAAAGACUGGUUAGUGUUUGUUGGAGCUUCAAGGGAUAUUCCGGCAUAAAAUUAAGUUAGGGCCAAACACAUCAUAACGCAGAGUUAGACACCCCCUCCAGAGAUGAAUGUUGCUGACUGCUUGCUUCCCUGGUUAUACCAACUUUAGUAACGACUGCACGAUAGCAAUACAAAGCGGUCUACAUCUCCACGCGCAAACCUCAACCAAAGAGCCACUCUAUAGCCACAAAUAAUGUUCAGAACAGCACCAAACUUCAUCAACAGUACACAGACGGUCCCAGCCAUCAAACACUUUCCUCCAGCAGCCGCUUGUUUGUGUGGGAGCCCUGACAAGUCAAUCACUGAGUGCAGCAGAGUUUCGCAGCUCAAGGAAGAACAUUUACGAUUAUUACUUCAUGAAAAUUCAAUGAGACCAAGACGUGAAAGACUCUGGCGGGUUGAAUUACGCGAAUUGGGAGAAUCUCAAUUUAAGCCAGUGUUGUUUUCGUCAGGCAGGACGAAAACUUAAAUGACGACGUCAGACCCCUUUUUUCCUUGACGAAAAUGAGACUAAGACGAACGUCACCAAAGCUCUGUAAAGACUAAAAUGUGACGAAAAUUGUAUUCAUUUUCGUCAGACGAGAACGAGACGAAACUAAAUUGUUAUUAGGUGGACGAACAAAGUUUCAAAACAUGCUUUUUUUUGUCCUAACAGUCACGCCCCCAUCACACACGCACCAAAAGCCUCGCUCGCGCACAGCUGCGCGCACACAUUCAUACACAUACACAGAGCGGAAGGUGGACGCGGCGCGCACACACACACACCGUGGCAGGCACAGCAGCGGUACCCGGUGGCCGAAAAAAGAUACAGUCCAAGUGACAAUAAAACACAAUGUCUUGUACGGGGACGGGGAGACGAGACAGACGACAGUUGUGGAGCCACAGCUUCCUCAUGCUGCGGCUUCAAACUGUCGGGAAAGAACACCACGAACCUCAAAAGACACCUUUUCGUCGACUAAAACUAGACUAAAACCUUUUGAGUUUUCGUCGGACUAAAACUAGACGAAAACUAUCAAGGAUAGAAAUGACUAAAAUGGGACUAAAACGAAGAAGCAUUUCGUCAAAAUGACUAAGACUAAAACUAAAUCUAAAAUGCCUGCCAAAAACAACACUGAUUUAAGCGGAUAUUCCCUUCGCAAUAACUAAUCAGCACAAAGGUUGCUGGCGAUGUAUAAGAACAGACGGUUGUUCACUGGUAUCUAAAAUGGAGGACAAGCUGAUUGAGUUCGUGCCUCGAAUUAUAUGAUACCUUAAAAAACUUGAUCCCGCUGGUUGAAUUGGCAGGGAUUACCGUUAAAUUUACCGUUGACGUGCGAAUGAAGCGACUUGUCACUUGUCUAGAUUUGUGCGAAUUAAGUGAGUAGAUGAUUUUAUUCGCGUUUGGUGUGAACGCCCCAUUAGACAGAAGAACUACCGUGUCUGCAGUGCAAAAUGAUUAUAAUGAUGAUUAUUAGUUCAAGGAUAUGAUCCGCUGCAUCCAGUGAUCGACUCGUCAUCUCUUGAGGGGUUGUCUAACUCGGUGUUGUGGUGUGUUUGACCAUAGCUCAAAUUGACGCCGGAAUAUCCCUUUAAGAUGUCCUCCUGUGCACAUCAUCUAUACUUAAACCCGUUGGACUGAACAUGAGACUCAAUCUCACCUUGUUGUAGGUCUCUGUAAGCAACGAACAAAACAAAGAGCGUGGUCUGGACUUGCUUUUUUCGUAAUAGUUAUACAAAUACAGCCAUGAACUUUUUGGCCAAACAUAUCAGUGUCAAUUUUUUAUCUGCAAAUAAUGUGACUGACUUUAUUUUAUACUCAAGCAGGACUGAGAGUCUGAAACCACAGAGCAUGACAGGCAGGCAGAGUGAGAAGGAUCAGAUCAAAACUUCAUCUGCCUUCACCAAUAUAUUACUAAUAAUAUUGUGCGUCUAGAUGAUAACACCUAGAAAGAAGGUAGAGUGGCAGAAUGAGAAGGAUGGAGCAAAAUAUGUCUAAAAAUAAGUUAGGAGGAGGACAGUCCGCACACUCAAUGACCCAGAACAUCUUUAAUGCAGAUAGUGGCCCUUCUCAGCGUUGGAAGGUCAAACACCAGAGAGGCCCCUUUGCUGAAACACAUCCAUAUGCGACACCAUCCAGAUUGAAGGAUGUUUAAAAGACAUUUACUGCACUCGCUUUACUUUCUGUCUUUUUUCUAACCGUCUUUUGAACCAUUGAAGACGUACAGAGACACAAACCAAAAGUUCAGGGAGUUACCCACUGACUUCAUUAAAGCUCCUGUGAGUAACUUUGGGUUUGUGUCAAUUUUGUCGCCCCCUGUGGACAACUUUAAGUUGUGUCUUUUGAUGUUUUUUUUCUGCUGAUUUCUGACACUCAAAAUAAUCUGUUAAAGAAGCAUCUUUUUUGUGGUGUAUUUACAAAAAAGCUUUUAAUUUCAGUCAAUAAAAAUUAGUUAUUGAUGACAUUUGGUGAUAUGUAAUGAUAUACCUGUGUUUUGUUAUGUCUGUGUAGUCAACAUUUUAAGUCUUUUGAGCAGUCUGCUCAUUCUGACUGCAAACAAAGCCAUUCGCCACCUCCCCCAACCUGAUUGGUUGUGAGGCGGACGCUGCUCCCCCGUGUUGUGAGGCACGCGCCAAGUCCUCCAAUAACGUUCACGAGCCCAAACAAAGUUAGCGUGCUACAAUAUUGGACAGUAGAUAUCAACCAGAAAGUACGGAAAACACAAGCAAGAAGACAAAGUAAAUACCGGAAACUCUGGCGGAAUAACAGGCGCUUAAAAAGGAGGUAGACCGGACAAGAGCUAAAAAGUUGGGUCAACAUAAAACGAUGGGGGACGCUUCGGGAUCUUGCAGACCUAACAAAGUAAGCCAAGUGUCUGUAACAGAAGUGUUUCUUGUCAAACGGACCUGCUGUAGCGUGUUGUAGCGCCGCUAAACUGUUGACCUUGGGUCCUGGACUUUGUCACUUUAUCCUAGUUGUAGAAGUCCUGUAAACAUUGUGUUUGCUGGUAGUCUGUUGGCAUCUACAGUAGCACCAAUGAUUUUUACUUUCACCUUGACUGGGCCCCAUUUGUAAUUAUCUGAAGUAUUUAUCUGCAUUAUAUCUGAAUUUAAUUGGAACGAUUCGAGCGAGCAGGAGCGUCUGUUUGUGGGCGGGGCUUUCUGGAGCAGAGAGGGAGGGGAGAGGAGGAGCUGAGGGGAACACUGGUUGGGAGGGGUAGAGUUUACAUUCAAGAUUUCUCCUAAAAACUGUCACUUCCUCAGAUCCUGACUACCCCACCUUUAAAUCUUGUCUUCGAUAUGAAUUCCACUUUGAUUUCAUCCUCAGUGUGGAUGUAAAUAUUGUCAAUGAUGGCAGUCUCUGUAAAAUUCAGUGGAGGAGUCCACAAAGUCAGGUAAGUGAGACUGCAGUCCCUGGAGCCAAGCAGCUACUGGGGCUGUAGAAGAAACAGAACAUGACGAUUUGAGUCCACAUGAGUUCCCUGGAGAAAUCAUUCAGGAAAGUGAGAUGGCUGUGCUUGCUCAAUGAUAAAUGCUCAAGUUUUAAUUCUGAUCAUAUUUCAUCUUGUUGGGGUUGUAUUGUUGCUACGCUGAGCUUUAGGAUUAAACCAUGAAUAUGUGAAUGGCUUUCCUCCGGGUAUUUGCUCCUUUGUAAUCAGAGAUGUUGGCACUUAAUUCUGUAGAUUUCUAUGAGCUGCUGCUGCUAACCAAAGGCCCGUGUAAAUGAGGCGACAUUGAUUUAUGGCCACCUCAUUUAGUAAUAUGAAAUAAAGGAGUGAAAGGUACAGGCAGGGGGAGAGUAAUGAAGCGGCAAAAAGCGCUGCCGUGUUGAAACCUAAAGGCUCUUAUUGUGAAAUGAGUCAGAGAAUGAGCGAGUUGAUGCAAAAUUGAGACAUUAGUUACGGCUCUGACAGGCCUGACGCCCGGUGUUUCUGCACCGAGCACCACAAGGCUCAUCAUCCUCAGGGGUCCAAUCAAAUCUACUGUAGCUAACGGGAGGCUACACCUACUGCGGCCUUCGACUGUUAGAUAAGAGCUCUGUAGAGCCGGCUGACAGCUCCCUCAUUCAGAUAGUGGCGCCGCUUUGUGUGCACAGCAGUUUCUGGCUUUUGUCUUGAAGUGACGGAGAGCCGCUCUGAAGCAGCACAAUUAGCCACAAGGACACGGAGACAUUGUUCUCUUUCUCCCUCUCUCUCUCCACCUCUCCUCUGCCUCGUCAUUUGUACACCUUUCUGUGCGCCUGUCCUCUAGAGAACAUUAAUAUACAGAGAGCGCACAGAGCAGCGGGGGCUCUCUCUUUCUUUCUGUGCUGUACAGGCAGGGAUAAGGGUAAAACCAUGUAAAAAAAAAACAGUUCCUCUGUUCAGCUAAGUCUACAAUGAAAGAGGAGAUGAAGCUAAAAGUGAGGAUACAGGUUGGUGUUAAGAUCAGGGGAUUAAAGUAAGGACUGUGUGGACCGCAAUAACUGAUUUAAAACAGAAGAAAUGGUAGAAAAUCAAGAUAUAUCACUUCUAUUAUUUCACAAAAGGAGCAUCACUCAGUACGUUUACAUGACACUCAAGAAAACCGAAUUAUCGCCUUACUCCGAUUAGGACCGGACAACUUAAGUGCAUGUAAACACCUUAGUCCAACUAUAAUCAGAGUAUGAUUGGACAAUGUAUGUGCGCGUGCGCCACGCCCCUGUAACCCCAGAACAAAAACAUCAGAAAAGAGGAGGAGCGUGCAUCUCAUCUGCAGAAAAAGUAGCACGUACAUCAUGUACGACAAAAACAACGCUGUAAGACGCUCCAUCUUCUUGCUUGAAAAUGUCCAGCAGCAGUUGUAGCCACUUCUGACGUCUGGCAUGGACCUGCUGUUGUUGUUGACAGUUGUAUGGGGUCGGAAACAGCGCCGCUGAAAAGACCCAUAUCGCCCCGUAGUUUUGGGGAGGAGGACACGUUCACAUCAAUAAUUCGAUUUUCUCAGCUGCAUGUAUUCGCCGACAAGGAGAGAGGUCCGAUUCGGUGAAAAAAAAACUUAGUCCGAUUAAGCUGUUCAUGUAAACACACUGACUGAACAGACUUUGUGUUUUCCUAGAUUUGAGUUUCAUUCACACCAAGAAUAUUAUAGUACAGUAUGAUAUGUGGAGUCUGCAUCUCCUUCUAGGCCAGCACAAAAGCUAUAAUAAUAUGUUUAUUUCAUGGACCAGCAUUCAUCAGCGGUGGUUCUGGGAGGGGGUGUAUGGUUGGGGGAGGUCAGAGAGGUACUGAGGGGUGAGGAGCAGUGGUUUAUAUUUGAUGUGGGACUUUAUUGGGAGCUGUUGGAGGCGGAUAAGGGUUGGGGUGAUGUACUGCCAGGACUCGAACCCUGGCAGCUGAGUUCUGAACACACUGGAGCCUGUCCAGGGAUUUUCUGGAUACCCCUGACAGGACUUUAUUACAAAAAUCAAGGCAGGAAGUGAUGAAAGCAAACAUGAGGGUUUCAGCAACAGAGUCAGAGAGUGAUAGACGGAAUCUGUAGAUGUUUUUCUGAAGAAAGAAGCAGAUUUGAUACUCAGGGUGUGGAUUUCAGAGGGUGAGUGGAUGGUGUGCCCAUCUACUAUCGAAACCCUAACCCGAACUAUUUUUCUAUUCUAUUCUAUCUAGGGCUGAAACGAUUACUCGAGUAACUCGAGUAACUCGAUUAAUAAAAUUCCUCGAGGCAAAUUAUAUGCCUCGAGGAAUCGUUUAAAUCCGGAACCAUGUGCAGCGCACGGUGUUUGACACGGACGGUUAUUUCUGUUGCGCAGAAGCGUGCUCUUUCCGCUCCUUCCGCUGCCGCGCGUUUGGUUCAAUCAUGGAGGGAAAGGAGGACAGACAGAAGCUGUGUCCGAAAUGGCAUACUGCCUGCUAUCUACUUACCUACUCAAGCAGUAGCUACUGCCUACUGACUACUCAAAGAUGAUUUGAGUAUGCCGCGGCUGCCCGAGCGUUUACACACAUACAUACUAAAUACCCCAGAAUGCAUUUCGUGCCGGCCGGACGCAGCGCCGGGAAAAUUUAAAUAGUCCUACCACAAGCUACAUAGAACGACUGCAUACCGGACAAAUUAUAUAAAUUCAUUCAAUAAUAAUAUUUUUUCUAGCGAGAAAGUAAGUGUUUACAUCACGAUUAUGAGCCCAGUUGUUUGAAAUAGUGGCUGUUUGUAAAUUUGUCUCGGCGUUUUCGGAGACCGAAGCGUCCACUUGGUCGGUGUUUGCGUCUAUUUACCGUAAACACCGGGCAGCAGCAGCUCCCCCUUCACGUUUCCAAAUUAUUGCGAAGUGUUUUCAUAAUCAACAUCUACACGACACAAACCGGGCGGCAGUGGAUGAAAAAAAUCACACAAACAUCCGUGUAUCCAUGGUGAUAAUGCUAUACACCACCUGCUAGGCGUGUGAUGAGCAGCAGAGGGCUGCAAAAUGACCAACACACAACAACAUGUAAAUAAAAAUGUAACACUUUUAUAUAUUGAAUAAAUGUACAUUUGCUUGUCAAAUUAUGUUAGUAUCAAAGAAUUAUAUUAUUUCAGCCUAUUAAUUAAACAAGUAAAAUUAGAUCCAAAGCCUGGAAAUAGUUGUGACUGGUUUAGUGAAAACUGCAAAGAUCAUUACCAUAGCAAUUAAAAGACCAUCUGCAGACCUUGCCUUCAGUAGUUUCAUGUGAACUACAUGGUAAAAUGUAAAACUUUUGGUUCCUGAUUUAUGCAGUAAAAAUAUUCAUUUGAAAGACCUGGCCUAUUUCAGUUUUGUGUGUUACUGAUGGUUUUUAAUGAGGCAAACGUGAUUCAAUGCAAAGUAUUACAGUGAGAGCAAAACAUUUCUUAUCCGAUUACUCGAUUAAUCGACAGAUUAAUCGAUAGAGUACUCGAUUACUAAAAUAAUUGAUAGCUGCAGCCCUAAUUCUAUCCUAAUCUAUCUUAUUCUAUUCUAUUCUUGUUUUCUACUCCAUUCUAUUUUUUUAUUCUAUAUUAUUCCGUCAUUUUUUUCUAUUCUAUUCUAUUUUUUAUUCUCUUUUCUUCUAUUUUUUAGUUUAUAUUAUUUUUCUAUUCUAAUCCUUCUACAAUUUUUCUAUUCUAUUCUACUCUGUUCUAUUCUAUUCUAUUUUUCGAUUCAAUUCAAUUCUAUUUUUUAAAUUUUAUCCUAUUCUAUUCUUUUUUCUAUUCUUUUCCAUUCUAUUUUUAUUUUAUUCCUUUCUAAUUUUUUUAAUUCCAAUAUAUAUUUUAUUUUUUUGUUCUAUUCUAUUCUAAUCUAUUUUAUUUUUCUAUUUUAUUUUAUUUUAUUCUUUUCUAUUUUUCCAUUCUACUUUAUUCUAUAUUAUGCUUGUUUUCCACUCUAUUCUAUUGUUUAGUCUUUUUUAUUCCGUUCUAUUUUUCUACUAUUUUAUUCUAUUUUUUAAAUUCUAUUCUGUUCUAUUCUAUUUUUUAUUCUAUUUUUUCUAUUCAAUUUUUCUAUUCUAUUUUAUUUUUUAUUUUAUUCUAUUUUUCUAUUCUAUUCUAUUCUGUGAACCACAUGGUGAGACUGUACAGCUGUUAACGGGAAACUGAUCAUGUUAGCCCACUGUUUUUUUGCAAACACUUACUCAGACCGUUGUCCAGGUUGCUGCUACAUUAGAAGACCAAAACAUAUAUGUAGUGUUCAGGAUUUUGCUGUGUGUUUUAUUACAUGACGGUACUUUGCUGUAAUAGAGAGUUUGAAGGUCGCUGCCGUUGUCUCUCAUUGUCUCUUCUCCACUUUCUCUUCAACUCCCACCUUUCACAGCAGGCAGAACGAGUUGAAAAGUAGACAAAUCGAAGACUUUUGGAGAUCCGGCGUGUCUCCCCUCGUGUCCCUCCGAGCCCUCUAAACAUGUUAGCUUGAGGAGUGUUGGACUGACAGUACUGGGGCAGAGCUGCACUGCCCUCGCCUCUUUUUUUUUUCCUUUUUUUGUCCACAUUCAGCUGCCGGCACAACGCUCAGUGUUUCCCUUCAGAUCAGCCGCCUUGGAUUCUGUACAUCAGACACUUCAACAGAUGCCUGGCACAAAUGUUGUUGUUUUUAUUUCUUUGUAUUUUACCUGCUCUCUGUGUAUUCCUUUAUCUUUGUCCAGAUUGAGUAUCCAUAGCUACCUUUACUUUCAUCUCUCCCUCCAUCCACUCUGACACCUUUGUGUAUUGUGCUGUGAACUCAUCUCAGCCUGUCUUUUCAAAAUUACUUUCUCAUGACACUCCUGCUUUAUCACAACAUAAAUUUGAAAAGGUGUCUGACCUCCUGAUGUGUUUGCAGUCUCUGUUUUCUUCUUCUUUGGUCCCGAAAGACUCCGGAUAUCUCGGCUGUGCAUCAACUUUUAGGAGGAAGCAGUAAACUCAUUUUUCAAGAAUGCACAGAGGAAUAUCUGUAGAUAAUAAAAGAGUGAUGCACCAAAGAAGUCAUAUGCACAAAUCUCCUAAACUACUGAGAUAUACAAUACCAUAACAUCCAUAUUUCCUCUCCAGCGUCCCUGAGGGUUCAACCGCUCUAAACCUGUUUUCUCCUCCCCAGGUGGUGGUGAAAACUCGCACGGAGUACCAAACAGAAAAGAAGAGGCUGAAGGUGCCCAAGGUCGAGGAGUUCACCAUCAGCUUCACUGACGGCGUGUCUGAGAGACUGAAGGUGAGAAUUUGUGCUGAAAACCAGAUAUUUUGGCUCACUGAUACCGCAGUCUGGAUCCAGGCUGGUGUCAAGUGGUGUGGGAUGAGCCUCCUUGUUCGACGGUUUUCUUUGUCAAAAAAAUUACGAGUGUUUCCUUUAAUUUAAACUCGUGAAUCACUGCUAUCUGAUCUGUACUUGCUAUUGGCUCAUUUCCUGGAUCUGGUGAGAACAGUUGGAUCAAUCAUACUGUACUUGAUGUGUGUGUGGGUUGAGAUUAAAUUUGUCAUCGUGGCUCUAAUUAGAAAGAAGAUAAUUAUUCAUCUGACAUUUUUCCUUGUGCUUACCGUAUCAGAUCAGCGUGACCGGGUCAAAACGCCUCUUUGGGUUUAGAGAGAUGGCUGCAGGAUUCAGACGCUAUUAAAUGAAGUGAACAUUUAGUAAUAAUGUGGACACUUAAAGGGAUAUUCUGACCUAAAUUUAAAUUAUGGUCAAACACACUGUAACACCGAGUUAGACGCCCCCCUCCAGAGAUGAAUGUUGCCGACUGCUUGCUUCUCUGGUUAUACCAACUUUAGUAACAACCGCAUGAUAGCGAUCCGAAAUACGAUCCGCCUGAAACACGGAGUGUUUUAUUUAGAAAAGAAGCCGGAUGUUUUGUUUUGUGUCUGUGCCCGACUUCCUUUCCAGCGCAGGUUAAUCUGUGCUGAAUUUAUGAGGCAUGCUCCGGCGUCCGUAAAAAUAGAACUCUUGCGAUCAGCUGCGGAGUCCGGUGAUCUGCAGUGGAAUGGAUAGAUGCCUGUGGAAAUUGACAUAUUAACGUGAAUGGUUACGAUCAGCUACGAUCGGCGGUUACGGCCUUUUCGUGGACGUUCCAGAUGCAGUGGAAAUUGGGGGUAACUCGGUGUUUCGGUGUGUUUGACCAUUACUUAAUAUUUUGCCGGAAUAUCCCUUUAAUGCAAACAGGGGCAGCAUGAUGCAUCAUCUAUUUCUUCUCUGAGCAAAUAUUCAAGCUAUUUUUUUUUUUACUAGAUUUAGAGCAGCAGAGCAAAGGAUAUCAGUCAGAAUCUGAAAUGUUUUCCCCCAUGGGUGAUAAAUUAUUCAUCGUCUGACAAAAAUCGAACACAACCAGAAAAAAAGGUGAAAAUAUGAAAAUAAAAACAGAAGCAUGCAGCAGAACUUUGGUUCAUCAGAUAUUAACCCCAAAGAUUGAUCAAGUUUUGGAUAAAACCACAUGACUCCAUCCUAAGAAAACUACUACUACUCUGUGGGAUAUUUGUGAUGAAUCUAAUGUUUGGGUUUCUAUUCUGUAACAUCAGUAUGAGUCAUAAAUCCCACCUCUGUGUUUAUAGAGGGAAGCUUGGAUUUUAGUCAAAAUACAGGUCAAGGAAAAUUCUCUCAAACUUGGUGUCUGUGUUUAUAAGAAGCUCCAUGUUCCAUUUUUAUUAGGUGCUAAAAGAGGGUAUGAUGCCUCGGUUUUAUUUCUUGUUUUAUUCACUUCUGGCUGUAAAACACAUCGCCCCUUAGCGGUAAUAAAGUCAGCAACCUUGAACUUUGAUUAUUUCAUAACGAUUGUGGCUCCUGUAUCGCUGUAUGCACUGGAUUUGCAGAGUAGUAGAGGUGAAAUGGCAAAUGUCUGCUUUUGGCUUCACUUUAGCAUGAUGGCAGGAGAAUGCAGAGAGACGUCCCCCAUCUUUUGACUGUCAGUUUCACUCUCAAGUACCUCCACGAGUGUUCCUUGACAGGUGACAUUAGCUGCAUGUGUGGGUUACCUUUCCAAAAACAUCACCUCGCCGCUGACUGCUCUAUCCUGCUGUCGUUAGGGGCGACCAAAGAGAAGUCAUGUUGUCAUGGCAGCAAUGAAAACCUCCCACUGUGUCAACCCUGAAAGAGAGAGGGAGAAGUGAGCGUAGGUGUGUGUGUGUAAAGACUAGAGGAUGUGUAACACUGGUCUGAAAGGUCCUUCAGAGCGAGGUGGGAGCUGAAUAAGAUAUCAGACACUAUAAGAGGCGCUGAAAUCUGUCUGGUCCGGCUCUUGUGUUUACGUGGGCACACCCACUCAGACACAAACAGACGCUAUGUUAACGCUGAUAUGCUAGAGCUGUGUCAGAGCGCCCUGCAGGGGUUAAGAUAAAUAAACAAACGUAGAAAAGCAAUGCAAUGGACUUGGUGUCUUGAAAAUGGAAGUUGUGAUACCAGGCUUAUGAAUAAAUCAGUGUGGUCUGAGUGUGGCAUAAUGCAUCGCAGACAGGUGAUUAUGCAAAUCAGAAUCCUGAUAAGGUGGGCAGAAGAACCCUGACCUGGGGUCUUAUCUCACCCACGUUGGCUUUUAAAUCGCAUAGCCAUCCGCUUAGUAUACUUAAUCGCUCUCAUGACCCGGCAUGACAGAUACAAGUUGAAUACACUCAUUUUUUAAAGAAAAGGAGCCACUUAGAUUAGCCUGUUCAAUUUGCUUCCAUGGCAACCAAUUUUAAUAAGCCUAUGACUAAUGAAUUAGUGUUGACUGAACUUUUCACUAAAUGAUCAAGCAAAAAAAAAAAAAGAUCCUACAUCUCUGACGAAUUCACAUUAAGCAUUUCCAUUCCAAAUUUUAAAAUUUGAGUCCGCCGACCGGAAGAAAUAGCCGCCAAACGCCAACAAGGACGAAGCGUAUGAGACGAAGCCACACAGAGAGAGAGGAGAGACAAAGAGAUAGAGAGACAGAGAUAGAGAGAGAGAGAGAGAGAGAGAGAGAGAGUACAUUACAACCCACAGCGGCUAUGGCUAACUUUAACAGGAAGAAUGAACUCUUAUCCCAGUGCAACAUUAGCAAAACAGUUAUAUCAUGCAAAGGAGGGUUUAUGGUUUUAACCAAUGGAAGAGAACCAAUCAGAAUCAAGUAUUUAAAACUGUCAGGUAUAUUAAAUAGUGCUUCAGUAUACAGCCAUAAAGCCUGUGGUUUUCUUCUCUAAAAUAUUAAGUUUAUAUGAGCAGAGUCAGUAGUGGACUGUUGGUGAAUCUGACCCAGGAUAUGUAAUUUACUCUCUCAAAAACACUAAAUUGAUCAAGUGCUAUAUUUUCUCGUAAUUUAGGUUUGGCAUAUAAAUGAUGUGCUGCCUUUGAAAUUGUGGGCCGACACCUCUUAGACAAGAAGUUAAUUAAGUUCACUCUGAAGUCCUGAAGAAACCUUUAGUCUAAAAUGAUAAACCAAACUCUUCUCAAGUCAUUAAUCCCUUCAGUGAGCACAUAUUCAUUUAAAAUGCAGAACGAAGCUCCAACUUACUUAAGAGAAGUAGUCUUCAGUCCUAACACGGCCCUGCCAAAACAUUGCUUUUAUGAAAGCUCUUGAUUGCUCUUUAAAUGCCACUGGAACUCGUCUUGACAGCUGAAUGUCACCUGUUCCACUCGGAGGCACUUUGCUGCUCCUGUGUGACCUACAUAUUCUCUCACGUCUAUUUAACAAACUGCACCAUUAUUGCUCGGUUCACAGUAAUGCCAGAGUCGUGUCCUCUUGGUGGCCUGUCUUCUGAACCAGGAGCUGAACAAAUGCGAAAUUGGACCCGAGCUGAACAGUGUGUUCGUGACCGUCAUCUUAAACAUAGAUGUCCAUUCAUAAUAGGGAUGGGCAAUGGUUUUUAAAUACUUGAAAUAGUCAUGAACAUUUAAAAAAUCGAAUAGUUUAUGUGAUGAUGGUUUUGUUUUUAAAAGAAAAGAGGGAAAAAAGGUGUUUUACCAGCACACGGAAAUAACGCGGUAACACCAAAUGUUGCGCCAGUUAUCGCUGCAAAUCAUACAAACGGCAGAAAAAUGUGAGACUUGCACAGGCAUCAAAAAGUUCUGUGUAGAGCUCCUUCAAAAGAAUAAAUGGAAAUGAAGUACAAUGCUAACUCUGCAAGGUUAAACUAGCAUACCAAAAAAUCGACAACAAAUAUGCACAGCCAUUUGAGAGCGAGGCACUGAGCUGGCAGAUAGGAAAUAUAGAAUUAUUAUACCGGACUUAGAAAUUAUCGUAUUUUGGGGAAAAUUAUCGUACAAUCGUCAUAAUCAAAAUAACAAUCUUACUGUUGUAUGAUAGUCACACAUUGAUCUCAGCUGUGUUACACUAAUGUGCCCCCUUUAAACAAAUGACAGGUGGGAACUAAUGAGCCAAAUCAUGCGACCUUGAGGCCACUCACUUUUUUAAAACGGCAUUUAUAAUGACGGAAAAGGAUAUAAAGAGUAAUCUGACUUUACUUAGUGAAAUUUAUUUUUGACACAAAAAUCAACUUGUCUUCACACGAGAAUUCUUCCGUUCAUCACCGUCCUCUUCAGUCCUCUUGAUUGGCAGCCAAUGACGCUCAUUGUUCGGAGACGAACAUCACUCAAAUUACGAUUGGAUGGAAACAUCACGUGGUAAAGAUGCCUUUAGGGUUCGCAAAUAAAAAACUGAAAAAUAAAGUGUCCGGCAGACUAACAGUCCCAUUGCACCACACGUUCAUGAAACCGUCAAAUUAUAGUACAUUAAGCCUUUUUUCUGGGUUAUUAAUCGUACAUCGUACAGAGGGCAAUGUAAAGUGUGGCGCUGUCUGCAGAUCAACAGUCAAUGGCAAGCUUCGUCACCCGAAGAAGCAAGUUUGAUCAUCGACGCACAGAGUCGUCACGGAGUCGCACAUAGUUCAUUUUGAGUGUUUUUUUUACAUGCUUCAAACUCAGUUAGUCCACGUGGCACAAACUCAAAACUUUCAUACAAGACCCCCAACCUUUGAGGGAUUUUAUAGACUCCCCAGGACAAACCCGGACAGCCCCCCAAAAAGAGGACAUGAUCGGGUAAAAGAAGACGUAUGGUCACCCUAUUCACAGAGCAAAUAACGAUCUUCGAAUAAUUGUUCCCAGCGAAUAUUUAAUAGUGUUUUGCUUGAAAUGCCCAUCCUUAAUCCAUAAAGGGGAUUAUGAGUUGAUGUUGCUGUUGGGGAAUAAACUGGUGCACUCUUAGAGUCAUGGCAUUAGAGGAUCAUUCGAGUACUCUAUGAAGAAGACGUUCUUGGUUAUUUGUGGUGGUGUAAUUUCGUAGAAACACAUCAGGGCAGGGUGACAAAAUAGUCGCUGCACAUUGCGACUCAGAAAUGCCUCGCAAACUUGUCGGGAGACUGUUGCUCAACAGAAUUAUUGCCGCAGACUUUUCUGUCAUCUCCGGCUCGCACACCACGUCAGCUCCUGUUAGGCAGAAAGGCGUUUCAAGUCUGUGUGAUUUUGCGUGGUGUCGGUCGGUUUGGGGAGCUCAGCUGAACCGCUUGCUUCGCUUGACUGACAGAGCUGAUUCUGCAGGCACACAGGCAUGUCCGCGCGCAGACACACACGGGCGCAGACACACACUGUGCAGUUCAGAGCAAACAUUUUGGAUGAAAAGCUUGCACAUCUCUUUUCUCUUCUAAGCUCUGCAGAUUGUGUUGAUGGAUGAAGAGCUCAGAGUGUAAAAUGCUCUCUAAUCUGCCCUCCCUAACCGCCUUCCUGCUUUCCUCUAAUUCCCUCUCCUUCUCUGCCGUUGCUUCCUUUCCUUCCCUGCAUGUUUUUGCUUACUGCAUUGAUUUUUCCUUCUCGGAUUUAAACUGCUUGACUCUGAAAUGCAGUGCAGCUUGUUUUUUUUAUUUAAAUAAGAGACUGGCAUUUAGUUGCAGUGGGCAAAGAGAUCUCAAAAUAGAAACAGGUACAAAAAAAUUUAUCUUUUUGAGACAUUUUCAAUCCAUGAAGAAACAAACUAAACACAAAAGCAGAUUCAUAAUAACGGCUUUCCCCUGUUGUCUCCCCUGGCCUCUCUCACCCCUCCUCCAUCCUCUCGAUGACUCAAAGCUUCUUCCCUGUAGACAAGGUUCAUGUCUCCCUCUCCCCUCCCACCUACUCUUCUUAUGUCUCUCCAUCUCCUUCUCCGAUUUCUCCCAGAAGACCUCAGAUAUGAGGUAUUCGUCCCCUCUGAUAGUUUUGUCCCAUGACAGAACCACACAGCGCAAGUUUCCCUCUCUCAUUAACCGACUUCUAGAUGACAAGCCAUUCAGUUUAGCUGCGUUAGAAAUAGUUUGAACCUCGAGGAUGGAGUUUAGUUUGUUGACAUGAAUAAUUCCUUGAAAGGAGAACACAUGUAUUAAAGGGAUAUUCCGGCGUAAAAUCAAGUUAGACACCCCGUCGAGAGAUGAAUGUUGCCGGCCACCUGCUUCUCCAGUUAUACCAACUAUAGUAACGACUGCAUGAUAGCAAUACAGAGAGCCACACGCUUAACCAAAACGCCACUCUAUAGCCACAAAUAAUGCUCAGAACAGCACCUAACUUCAUCAACAGUACAUAUAGGGUCCCAGCCACAGUAUUAGUCACCAAACAUCUUUUUACCUUUCCUGAUUUAUUUAGCAAAGAGACUAACUCAACUCACCUCUGGGCGAGUCCAUCGACUGCAGCGGGGUGACGCAGCUCAAGGAAGAACAUUUAUGAUCAUUUCUUCAUGGAAAUGCGAUCAGACCGAGACGCUAAAGCAGAAGAACUACCACGUCUGCAGUGCAAAAUGAUUAUUAUGAUGAUUAUUACUUCAAGGAAAUGAUAAAGAAAUGAUCAUAAAUGGUCUUCCUUGGGCUGCGGCACCCCGCUACAAACAAGCAGCUGCUGGAAGAGAGUGGGUGAGUUGUGUUUAGUCUCUUUGCUAAAGAAAUCAGGCAAAGCUAAAAAGAUGUUUGGUGGCUAGUGCUAUUGCUGGGACCCUUUAUGUCCUGUUGAUGAAGUUAGGUGCUGUUCUAAGCAUUAUUUGUGGCUGUAGAGCUAUCUGCGGUCGUUACUAAAGUUGGUAUAACUCGGGAAGCAAGCGGUCGGCAACAUUCAUCUCUUGAUGGGGUGUUUAACUCGGUGUUACGGUGUGUUUGACCCUAACUUAAUUUUACGCCGGUAUAGCCUUUUAAUGUGCUUUUCAAAGAUUCCCUUAGAUUCCCUUAAACAAACCAUGAAAAUUGAUGAUGAAAAUGUCAGAAAUUUUCUCAAAUUUCUAAGCCAACAUAUUUGUAUCAGAUUCAAAUGUUGUUGGUCUAAAUAGCAGCCUGGGUCUGAAAAACAGAAGAAGCAUUUGAGAUUAGAGAAGAGGUUUUGCAUUGUGGUUUUUGCAGAGUUGAGAUUCAGCUCACGACCUUUGCAGCAAAAGAUCUCCUUUUUUUUUUUUUCCCAUUUUGGCCGCCUCGCUCUGCUGCAGACUUUCUUAUUAAAAGAAAAAGACACGAGGAGCCGAGUCUCUGAAAAUGAAGACCCGCAGAACGGAGGACAGGAUCGGUCAGGCGCUUCAGGGCAGGGAUGGAGAGCUGCAGGUGUACAGACUGAUGAAUAGGAGUGUUAAUUUGUGUUGUCCUGCUUGGUUUCUGGCUCGAAAACACAGAGUACUUGGCCGCCUGUUCCCCUGGCCUGCACAUACACUUUAAACCCAUGAGCACACGCUUACACACUCCUACAGGACUGACGCUUACCACAUGACAGGGCCGUGACUGCCAGGCCACGGAACGGCAGCUUGUGCAGGUAGCUAUGGGAGAGGCGGCAAUCGUCCAGAACAAUUAUCCCAUUAUUACCUCCACUUCGCCUUCACAUAAAAGCUUUGCUGCAAUCUGCCACCUCCACAGAAGGCCUGCACCGUUUGUCAGGUUGGAGAUAAUUACUCCUGCUGCGAGAAACCUCAUCCUGCCUCUCCCUCCAUGUAUUGUUUCUGCUUGUUUUGUGUGGAUGACUAAUAGUACGCUGAUUGUAGGGAGCGCUCAUAGUCAUCGUCUGUGCUCAGUUAAACACCCACGUGGAUGCAGAAUCACACACAAACACACACAGACGUUCAAGUGAGUAAUGUGGGAACAAUUGAUUUACCUUCAGCUCUAGUAUUAUUCGGUGAACUCUGGGUGCUGCAGGAGGCAGGAGAACAUCAGAGGGAGGGCAGGGAGAGAGCGGAUCCUUUUUUUCACUGAUGUGGGAGCUACUGAACUCGACUACUGCACUUGGAACGUAGAGGGUUUUAUGUAAACAGAAAGUAUAAGAGAUCUGUAUGUACUCCUGCUUUGCCCUUGUGCUGAAUCUCUCUUGAUUCAAAACCAACAAUGUUUAAGUUUUUACAGCCUUGGCCUGAAACAAACACUAAGGGCCAAUCUUAACUGUCACACUGCUAAGAAACAAGAUGCCACUCAAUCCCUGCAACGUCAUCAUGCCUACCUACUGUGUCGUAGGCUAAUGCGACAAUACUGGUAAACAAGUCGGAAAACAAACUACUGUUAUAACGUUUAGCCAUUGUUAGCUGUUGUUCGCAAUAGCAGUAUGACAUCAGUGUAGCUAUCGAUAACUAUAGCUUUGUUAGCUAGCUUGUCACAAUAUAAACGAUUCAAAAGAUUGCUAAUAUUAACGUGGAGUAGCAAAGGAUUCAAUACCUACAUCAUCAUGACUUCCCGCUGUGUCAUAGGCUGAUGCGGAAAUACUGGUAAAAAAUUUGGAAAACAACUGACUAUUGUAACGUUUAGCCGUUGUUAGCUGUUGUUCGCAAUAGCAGUCGGACAUCAGUGUAGCUAUCAGUAGCUAUAGUUUUGUUGGCUAGUUAGUCACAAUGCACGAUUUUUAACAAUUCAAGAUAUAGCUAAUAUUUAAGUGGAGUAGCAAAGGAUUCAAUAUCUACAUCAUCAUGCCUUCCCACUGUGUCGUAGGCUGAUGCAACAAUACCUGUAAACUAGUCAGAAAACAACCAACUGUUGUAACCCUUAGCCGUUUUUAGCUGUUGUUUGCAAUAGCAUUCUGACAUCAGUGUAGCUAUCGAUAGCAAUAGCUUCACUAGCUACCUCGUCAUAGUGCACGAUUUUAAACACUUCAAAUCUUAGUAAAUAUUUACGUGGAUACUGUUCUCCUGUAACAUGGAGUCACAUCCAUGCCAAAUAAAAGAGUAGAUGUGUUCGACUGAAGUCUAUGAAAUGUCUCUGUAUCAUUAUCCUUGCACAUUCACUUUAGGAGAGCUGUAUUAAGUGACUCCAUCUAGGAACAGACGACCUGAGGCGUAUAUGCCUAAGGGCUGUCUGGUCACACUUCUGCUCUCCUUUUCCAAAUAUUGAAACUGAUUUUAAACAAGUUCUGAGCUGAUUUAAUGUAGUCGUAGUCAUUAUCUGCUCCUCCGCAGCUGAGCUUUCGCCCAAAGGCAGAUUGGAGGUAAUUGGUCACAGGAGUGAGACUUCAUUAAACUUUUCAGGGAUUCAACCAGGCAUCUUCACCGGCCCCUUAUCAUUUGACUUCUUAGUAUUUUUCUUGUUUCUUUCUUGCCCCUUUGCUCCUCUCUCUCUCGCUCCAUUUUUCGUCAUCUGUGCAGCUCACUCUUUUGUCUCCUUUCACCCACUUCCUCUAUUUUCCCCCAUAUCUUCUCAGACCGAGCCAGGAAUUGGUGGCGGCUCGCUCGCACAGCCUCAUCAUACUCACUUCUGGGGGAGCCUUUUACAUCACUUUUAACACAAACACUCACAGUUCCUGUUAUGAGCCUGCCAGCUCCUUUUGGCAGAGAUUCACAGACGUCUUAUUGGAGAGAAAUGGCUUCUGAUAAAAUGAAUGAGCCAGAUGUGACCCAUAGACCCAAAGCAUCAAAUACAAACAAAUACAUUUCAUUUUAUUGGAAAUGAUGAACCUGAUGUUCGGUUUGGGGCUCAGACGAAAAUUACAGCUUCAUAAGGAGAGGAUGAUCAGUUAUCGGGGUAAAACAGAGAGGAAGAGGAGGCUGUCAACAGGCUGUAGGACUUUGUAAAUCAAAACCAGCAGACGACCCUGCGAGCGUGUCCUCGUGCUCUGAUGAACCACAAACACAGACCCCGUUAGGUCAGUCUCAAAGCCGACUCCAGUCUGACUCAUUUGUCACCGCAAAGAGGUCUCGUGUGUCAGCGGAGAUGCAGACAGACACACACUUUGACAAGCGGGACACAACGGCAACUCCCAAUCUUCAGAAACACGGAGAACAAAAGUGACAAGCAUGGCCGCUGAGGGAGUGAUAUUUGGGGUGAUUUAUAAGACCAGAUGGCUCCGUUCUGCUCUACUUCUUGUUUCAGAUCUUCUAUCAAGCCGCGACUCAAAGGACAGCACACUUCAAUCAUCCUCUCUCUAUAAAUAUCAGCAGCUUUGAACGCACAUACAUAUACACAAUAUAAGAGAAACGGAACAGACUCCCGACUGCGUGUCAUAUUUUAUCAGGGAAGACGAGAGGAAAUUGGAUUUGUGAUUGUAGAAAAAAAAAUCCUGAAUCCAUUAAAGACUGAUGGAUCUUUGUUUUUACAUAACAAUGAAAUGGCAGCUGUAUCAAAUACUCUUUUGUUGGACUCAAGAACUCAGCAGUCAGGGAUUUUCCAAGACUAAAAAAGGAUUUCUCGGUCUGAUCGAUGCAUUCAGACAGCAUUCAAUCUCUGGGCACAUGUUUUCAUACGUAGAUGAAUGUGUUCAUGAUUUAAAUCCAAAUACACCUGCUAUAUCUGAGCCAUGAAAUCAUCAUAUUCUACCAGCUAACCCGCUCUCACUGUCUGUAGGUCAAAUCUGGUGGGUUGCAAACUGUCUGUGAACUUGGUUAUCUCCAGAGCAUUGGCUUUUACAGCGAGCAGAGUAUUUCUAACACUGUGAAAUCUUAAGGAAACUGGGCCACCGCCUGAAGACACACCAAUUAGUGUCUGGAGCUGAUCUCGUAUUAUUCACAGAAUUUCUCAACAUUGCAAGAUAGGCUUUUUUUUAAGUGCUUAAAUAUUGUAUAAAAUAAUAAUUUUACAUAAUAUAUGCAGAAUGUUGUUAUAAUGAGAGCUUCAAAGUUUUUCAAGACCGCUGUGAAAAAUCAUAAAUAUGCCGCUUCAGACGUUUUUAAGUACCGGUGCACGGGUUCAAUCAUUCUGACGUCCGUCGAAGUUUCAUGCCUUGCAUUUACUGCCGUUGCCAUGGCUGCAUUUGAUCUGCUUCCUCGUUAAGUCAGCUUGCUUUCUGAUUGGCUACCAUUUUGUUCCACAGGCGGAACUAGGGCUGGGCGAUGAACCAAAAAUUUACUAUUACCGAAAUUUAUGAUAAUAACUGACGUCAUUUUGCCCAUAUCGGUAUAUUCUUAUCAAAAAUAUAAAUAGAUAAAAGUUGGUUUUGGAUGUGAGUAGGUAGGCUAUGGUCUCAUGUCUCUUUAGGAUGCUGUCCCAUGCCAAAGACGUGACUCCACCCCAGGAGAUGGAGGACGGUUCAAAAAUUGUAGCGGCUGAAGUAGACGAGGUUAAUGUGGGAGGGGGUGAGCAGCUUGUGGAGUAGUCAUCGUCCAUUUAUCGUUAUCGAGGUGAACUGCUCAAUAAAUAUAUCGUGAUAUUGAUUUGAGGCCAUAUCGCCCAGCCCUAGGUGGAACCAAGUUGUCCAUAAUAUAUACAGUCUAUGGUGGCUCAUGGGAAAACACUAACUUCUACAUAGGCAGUCAUGAAGAAAGUGGUUCAUGUGUGAUGUUUGGCCCACUCAUGUCUGAUUAACAAGGUCAGCACAACUGCAUGACAGAUUUCGACCCCUAACUACAAAAUUCUACAUUUCUGUGUCAAAUCAAUCCCCAAAGGUUGGCGGAUCUCAAAACAGUUCGACUUUGCUGGCCUUGCGGUCAGUACGCUCCAUAUCAGGAGGUUAUGCCUUGAGCGGUCAGCCAGGGUUCACUCUCAGCCUGUGGCCUCUUUCCAGCUUUCCAUGUAACUUCCUGCUGUCUCUCCCCGUUCCCUCUGUGAAAGCGAAAAGGAAUCAUCAAAAAAUUCAACAUUGCAUCAGCAGAGGAACAUUUUGUCCCUGCUAUUAAAAAUCUUUUGAAUUCCUGACAAGAAAAAUACAUUUAAGGGAGAUGGGACUGAAAAAAAUCCUCCUGCUACAUCUUAGCCGGGCUCUGUCCACCGCGGUCACUCGCUAUCUUCUCUUUCUGCCAAUAAAAUGAAGCCGUUAGUCUAAGAAAAAUCCCAGCUUUGAUGUUUUUCAUGUUGAAAUUGAUAAAGUGAAGAAGGGAAGUGAGCGGUCACUGUGCUCCCUGUCCUCAGCCGUCACUGUGCUGCUGUUGUCCUGACAAGCUGAGCCAUGGGAGCAAUUAGAGUCAGACAGACUGUGGAUGACUAGCCUGACCCUCUGCUUCUCCUUUCCCCCCUCUUUCCUCUGCCUUUAACAUCUGUCCUUGUCAUCGAUCCACCUCUCUCUGCCAUCGAUGCUGCUCAUGCUGCGCUCUCAGUGCAGAUUUCAUUGGUGUUAACCAUCAUCUGUUGUCCUUCUGAGUCGCUGAAAUGUGAGUCAUUGUUUUACAUUUAAUAAUCCACAUAGUCUUAACUUGAAGUACCGUAUUUUUUGGGUGAUAUGGCGCCCGGUGAAUUAACAUGUAUAUGUUCAAACAUAGGGCGCACAGGAUUGUACGGCGUAUUAAAGGUGGAGUAGGCAGGAUCUGAUCAAAUGCCAGUUUUUGGCAGAAAUCUUCAAUGUAAACUCUACCCGUCCCAACCAGUUUCCCUCUCAGCUCCUCCUCUCCCCUUCCUCUCUGCUCUAACAAGCCCCGCCCACAAACAGACGCUCCUGCUCGCUCGUAUCGUUCCAAUUAAAUUCAGAUAUAAUGCAGAUAAAUACUUCAGAUAGUUACAAAUGGGGCCCAGUCAAUGUAAAAGUAAAAAGCAUUGGUGCUACUGUAGAUGCCGACAGACUACCAGCAAACACAAUGUUUGCAGGACUUCUACAACUAGGAUAAAGUGACAUAGUCCAGGACCCGAGGUCAACAGUUUAGCGGCGCUACGACACGCUACAGCAGGUCGGUUUGACAAGAAAUUCUUCUGUUACAGACACUUGGCUCACUUUGUUAAAGCGGUUUACCUGUCCAGCAGAAAGGUUACAGGAUCCGGAAGAUCCCGAAGCGUCCCCCAUCAUUUAUGCUGAUGUUGAUCCGGUUUCUUAGCUCUUGUCCGGUUUACCUCCUUUUUAAGCGCCCGUUAUUCCACCAGAGUCUCCGGUAUUUACUUUGUUUUCUUGCCUGUGUUUUCCGUACUUUCUGGUUGCUUCCUACUGUCCGAUAUCGUAGCACGCUAACUUUGUUUGGGCUCAUGAACAUUAUUCGAGGACGUAGAGUGUGCCUCACAACAUCGCCAUAAAUCGCAAUAUGUGAGGGGGGUUUAUAAGGACUGAGGUGUAGAAUUUAGGAGUUACUAAAAGUCAACCCCUGGAUUACAAACAAACUAAACAUAGAGAGUAUUAGUAAACUAUGAGUAACAACAAUAAUGCAUCAGAUUUCAUAGAGUGCUUUAUCAGAGACCCUCAAAGUGCUUCACAUUAGAUACAUCAUUCAUCCGCUCACACAGUCACACCUUGGUGGCGGUAAACUACCUUAUGGCAGACUGAUGGAAACGUGGUGGCCAGAUUGCGCCUACGGCCUCUCCAACCACCACCACACAACACUCACAAUCACACACCAGUGGAGGACACACACUAGGAGCAAGGUGGGUUAGGUCACGCCAAGGACACAACGGACAGACUCGGGAUAGGGGGGGGAAUUGAACCACCAACCUUCUGGUUAGAGGACGACCGCUGUACCUCCUGAAUUACUGCCACCCCAACUAAUAGUAGAAGGUGCAAGGCUCUUUCAGGAAACAGUUUGUCUAUUUCAGGCCUUUGCAGAAACAUCAUCGUGUGACAUGGUGGAUUUUUUUAAAUAGAGGAGAGAGAAUAUGCUUCAUCUGCAGAGACUUCAUAUUAAGAAAAUAAAAACAGAAAAAAGUUUCAUUCAUAGUUAAUUUACACUAAAGAAAGCAGAUUUGUGAAGAUUAAACUCAAUUUUCUGCUUGUUAUUUCACACUUAAUUUGUUACAUUGGCCUUUUAAAGUUAAACAAAUACUCCCAGAAAUAUAAAUAUUGAAAAUGAGAUCUAAAAUUUUACAUUUUAGAUCUCCGAGAUUACACAAACUCCAUUAAGAGAUUAAAGACUGAAAGAAGCUGGUUGUAAAGAGCAAACGUAUAAGUAUUAAAAGUGAUAAAGUACCCGUCUAGAUCAUUUACCCUCAAACAUGUGCAUAUACACACGCCUACACACACACAAACAACCAAACGCACACAGCUGUCUACACGGUGAACAUGCACAGAAACAUAAAAAGUACCCAGGAGACUGAGAGCUGGGAAACAUUAGAGUAAUGAACCUUGUCUUUUGGUGUAAACAACUGUUUAGAGGUGUCUGUGUGUGUGUGUGUGUGUGUGUGUGUGUGUGUGUGUGUGUGUGUGUGUGUGUGUGUGUGUGUGUGUGUGUGUGUGUGUGUGUGUGUGUGAGGGGCUGGUCCUAUCAUUAAUAAUAUUCCUCUCUUGCAACAUCUCCAUCUAGCAGAGUUAGAGCUGAUUAGCAAACGUAAACCAGAUGUUUAGUUUCUCCUCGGAGACGAAUUACAGAUUCAUAAUGUGUGUUUGUGAGUGUGUGUGUUCGUCUGCAUGCUGUGGUGUUCAGAUUCUUCAGAAUUCGUAUCAUUGACAAAGCACAUGUUGUGAAGAAACUAAAGGUUUUUGCAGGUUGUAGAUAUUAAUUUGUAUUCUUCUCUUCUUCAUGGAUUUCCUGACCCUCACUCUUUAAGUCGUUUAACCCCCCUCUGCUCUCUGUCUCAGUCGACACAAACACGCUCUCCUCUGUGCUGCGAUGGCGUGCUCCAGCUAAAGCUUUGAAGUUGUGUCUCCAUAGAGACAAUGCUUAAUUGGGAUACAUUAGCAUAAUUAGCAUCUAUCUCCUGCUGCACAUGUAGUGUCUCACUCUGUACUUAAACGGUGGCGUCUGUGUGUACAGUGAGAGGAGGACUUUUCAUGUCUUAUAAUGACAAAUCUUACGACAAAACAAAGGAGGAGGAGAAAAUAAUCAACAAUAACCAGAGGUGGGGGAAAGUCCUAUGUUGCAAGUCGAAGUCGAGUCUCAAGUCUCGAGUCAAGUCCAAGUCCUGAACUUUUUGCUUCGAGUCCCAACCAAGUCCUUACCGUUUCUUUCAAGUCAAAAACAAGUCAUAUCAAAGCCAUAAACCAUUUGUUAUAUGUAAAGAUUUACAUAAAUCAUGAGCAUUUUUCACUAUUUGCAUUUAUUAUUAAACAAGGGUUCUUGUUUGUGUUAAGUUACAUAGUGCAGCUUUAACCAAACUAUUUUACAUGUCAUACAAAAAAUAAUCAGAUAAACUUCAAUAAUUGGAAACUUAGACAAUGUGCACAAAAAUAAGGAAGACUCAAAUACAAUUAAACAUUAAACUGAUACUCUAAUUCAUUGUUCCAAAACAAAACAAAAGAGAGAGACACAAGGCAACACAUGGAAACAGGCGAGCGAGCGAUUUAUGUUCAGUCCUCCUGGUGUUGUCGUUAUAAGGGAGGCUAGAGUUUGAGAAGUUUCGUGAGAGAAAUAAGGAAACAGACCUCCAGAAACAAGCCAAAAACAAGCGAUUUUUUUUUGCGGGAAAUAAGCAGACUUGGAAACACAACACGGUGUUACCAACGGCCGUAAUUCCUGACUAUUAGUUGAUGCGACACUUUUUAAACGGUUUGGGCUUUCUGUAAGGUAUUAAGUGGCUUGAAAGACUUGAAAAGACUUUUCAAGUCACUGGGCUCAAGUCAAGUCAAGUCUCACGUCUUUAGCAAUCAAGUCCCAAGCGAGUCCAAGUCAUUUCUUGAUUUCAUCGAGCAAGUCAAAAACGGGACUCAAGUCCAAGUCGAGUCUUGAGUCGAGUCGUCAAGCCCCCACCUCUGACAAUAACCAGAGGUGGGGGCCCAGAAAAGGAUUAAAACCUGACCAUUUCAUUUUAAAUUCAGACAUUUACACUGUUCAUAACCUGAGUUUUAUAUGUUUUAAUUUAAUAAAAAGUACAUUUAUAGUUUUAUACCCAGUGUGAGUGACCCUGAUCUGCUUAAAUCAUCUGUCGCAUGCGGCUCCGAAUCUUCUCCAGUUUGUUUUCCGGCUAAAUUGCGCAGCUUCAUUUCAGCUCCCGCAGACAAUCCCAAGAAGGUAGAAUUGUCAAUUUGUUCUUGUGAGUUGGAACAACAUGGUCUUGUUAGAGAGAAAACAAAGCAACUCUUGACUGGAGGAGGCUGCAGAGGACGCUGGAGUGUUUUUUCCCCUCUUGAUGAGUCGCACAGUCUCAGAGAAGCUGAUCAUUAUUUCUUUCACAACAGAUUCAGUUUAGCUGUCGGAGAAUUCGGGGUUUUGUGAAGUGAUGCUCCUAAAGUCUGUAUGCGUAUUUUUGUGUGUAUGUCAACAAAAGGUGUUGAAAUGCAAACAUAGAAAAUCUCUGAUAUGUAGAUUUUGGCAACACUUCACAUUCGAGUACAUAUUAAUAACCAUUGACGAGCCGCUUAUUAGCAGGUUUAAUUGUUGCAAAUUUUCUCCAAAUUAAUUCUUGUUAUAUGUUCCCUUGUUCAUAAAUAAUUCACAUAUUACAUAUAAUUGAUCCACACUAUUUUAAAGUUGACUUCUCCUGAUGCUUAGUUGAUCCAGAGUUAAAAAUAGUGAAGGUCUAUUGAGAUUAGGGCUGCACGAUUUCGGCCAAAAUUAAAAUCCUGAUUUUUUUUUCUCUGACAAUUUAGUUUGAUUUUUUUAUUCAGUGACAACUUCAUCAAACUUUAAUAGAAAGUUUUUCUAUCAUCUCUCAAAAUACUUAAAAAGACCUUUACUUAAAGUUGCAGUUUCUUAACUCUCACAAACAUAUUUCAGUGUCCACUCGUGAGGUUGUAUAUUUCCAUAGUGUUGAGAAAAUACUGACUUAUGCAGCUUUUUUAAACCUCUUAAACCCUCCCUCAGAGCUCAGGGCCAGAUCUGCCCUCAUGUGCAGACCUAAGCUCACCUGAGCUCAGAGCAAAAUCUCCUGUUUUGUCAGGUUGGCAUUUUAACAGUUUGUGCUCCCGUUCUCUGACAUGAUGCAUCUCGACAGCACAGUGUUUGUACUUUGUUGCCAUACCACUGUAGCUGUCUCAGCCCGAUAGCUGGUCCCCAAGAGCUGAGAUCUGCGUUAACCGUCUCCUUGACAUCCCUCUCCCCUGUCUGGAUACUCCUCUCUGAGGUUGGAGGCUCCCUGCAGACCGCAGCUCCGAGGCUUUUCUUUGUUCCAGCGAAAACAAGAGAGGACUUUGAACUGUGAUGCUGUGGGAGCAAAGAUAAAAACACAGAAUAAACAGUCAUCAGUGGAAAAAUGGCCAUUAAGGAAAAAGUGUGAAAGUGCAUACUCAGGAAAAAUGCGGCAUUAUGUGUCACAUCAAAAUGAAUUUCUCAUGUCAUGCUCUUUAUGUCAGAGGGAAACAUUUACUCUGUGCUUUACUUUUCAUGCUGAGGCUAAAUUACUGCUUCGCUUUUAUAUUGAAAAACUGAUGUAAAUACAAAGUUGUGCAGUUAUUGUGUUUUGCUCUUCGUUGUUUGUCUACAGACAUUUGUGAGUCUUCUUGAUGUAUGAGGCCAACUUUGGUGGCGCCGUGUCAGAAAUGAUGACUCCAGCUAACUUUUAAUCACCUCGUCAAACAGGCAGAGGUGGAGCUGAGACCGUCUUUGACACCGCGUUUACAUGUGCCCAGCUAUUUUCAUAAACAGACAUUUCACCCCCUCUGUUUACAAAAAACUGCGUGCACACCACGUUUUCAGAAAAGUUUUUGUUUACAUUAACCCAUGCAUAAAUGCCGUCUGACAGCAGCGAUGCCCGCGACAUCCGGAAAACCACUUCAUUUUCGAAGUUCCCCCACCAGACAGCAGUGCGCCAAGGUUUGACCCAAAACUGCCGAGAGAGAGGUCGCUGCGACAUUGCUGACCUUUGAGCACUCAGUCGUCUUUGCUCCUCCACAUAGGACAGCAAAUACAAACUAAUAUAAAGGGAUUGCGCCAGCAUAAAUGCGACUGCUAUUCUGCAUGCAUCUAUGAUCAACUUAGAUUGUAAACAUAGACUGUAGAUUGAAAAAACGUCACAUUUAACCCAGUUUUCAGCGCACAAUCUGCCUCUGGCUACCCCAGGGGAUAAAUUCUGUUUACAUGCAAAUGUGCAAACAGAGUUUUCUAAAAUCUCAACUCUGGCCGAAGUAUCGUUUUCAGGGGCGAAUUCUUCGUUUGCGUCUAAACGAAAGGUGCAAACAAUGGUUAAUGUCUCAGUUUUUAAAAAUAACCUGGUACGUAUAAACAGGGCCUUAGCCUUCGGCCAAGCAGCUACAAUGCAUACCUGUCAGUCAACUCAGCUGCCCAGGUAUGCAAAUUUAAUCAAAUGCGUUCAAAUCUCUUGUACAGAGUGUAUGAUAGAUAAUCCCACACCUGAAAGCUGUGGUCGUAAAUAUAUUUUAUUCUGCUGUAAAUUAUGGUCAUUUUUUGAGGGGAUUCUUUGGCUUUUACAACCUCACAUGGACACUGAAGGGGACACUGUCUGGUUUCCACACUGGCUUUAACUUUCAACACCAGAGGUUGCCACUCAAGUGUUUGCCACGUUGCACUGCCAUGUUUUGAAGGGGGCCGAGAGAGAACAAACCAGACCAUAAUCCAAUAAAGAGGGCUCAGUUUCUAAAAAAAUCAUGGUUUGUCUGUAACCCUGCCAUGACCCCUUAGAUUUAUCUCUUUUACAGGGGCCAGUUGGUAGCUUAAAAACGCAAGAUUGGACAGCAUACCUGCAGUAAAAAUAUGUAUUGAUGCCUGGACAGAAAUAAAAUAUAGCAUAGAAGAAGUCUCAGAUGUAUAUUGAACUGAACCAGACUGAGUUUCUUCUUAUCAUACUAUUUUUUGGCCAUGUUUUUUAAGAGGAACUGAAAAUGUCUUCCAGCACUGAGAACCACAUUACACUUAUCUUGCAACCUGCACAUCUAAAUAACCAUGACGGGUGAGUGUGGGCUCUGACUUUUACUCAGGAUCAAACCUGUGACCUUCAGUUAUCAUCCAUUAGAACGCUUACAGGCGUCCUGUCACCCACCUCAUUAAUUUCAUCAUUACAAAAGUGCCUUAAGAGGAUAAGAGAAUAUUUCAUUUGCAUUUUCAUGUAGCAGGCUGAUCCCUGACUUCACUUUUAUAUACAUGAUAAACAGGAAGAGGCUUAGUGUCUCUGUAGACACCUGAAUAUGAUGCAUUUACAUCAACACUGCAGGCUAGAUCUGUGUGUGCCAGGUCUUAGCGAUAAUAGACUCCAGCAGAAGGAAAGGAAGCGCACUAAAUGAGACAGUUUUACAUCCUGGACCACGGUAAAGACUGUGGCUGCUGCAACAUUUAUUUCCAUUAUCUGCUGUUUACUCUUUAGGAUGUAGGAAACAGGAUAAAAUGACUAUAAUCAGAGUUCCACAGCUGUGAUGGUGUAUUUGAAUUACCUGUUUUGUUGUUCAGUCUGAACUCUGGAGAUCUGCAAUUUACAAUCAUUUAACAGAGAGGAAAAAAAUCAACACCUGUGAGAGGAAAACAGGAGGCGUUAUGCUGUCUUUACUCCUUAACAGGUUUCUGCACAACAUAUUUGGUUAUGUGGGAAAAGCAGCAGCGUAAAUAAGGAAAUGAAUGACAGUAGGAAGCUUGAAUUCAACUGUCAUUUAUGGAUCCUGACUUUGUCCCGCUGUAGGUACGUCAUCAUUGUCCAGUGCAGACUUGGGUGUGCCAUCCAGAUGUAUCUAUGGGUGCCCAAGUGUGUAUGGUCAUUGUCCAAGAUCAAUAACUAGGAUGCAGUCAUUUUAUCCUUUGGUGCAACUUGUUGUUGGCCGUGUUGUUUUGCACUCUCUUAGUUUUACUACGUCGCCUGUGCGGCUCACCUGAUGUUUUCAUGGAAAUGUGACUUUAACUUUUGAAACACGAGUUGCGUUGUUUGUGAUGUUUAUUGUCCGAGGAGCAGACACAUGUUGGUGGUGUUGUUGUCAUUAGACCUUGGUGGUUAUUCUUAAAAAUGUGGUAUUAUUUUUAGGGCCCGACCGAUAUGGAUUUUUGGGGCAGAUGCCGACACCGAUUAUUAGGGGGGGCAAAAAUACGAUUACCGAUUUAUCACAUUUUUUUAUGAAGUUAUAAAAAAUAUAUAUAUACUGUAGAUAUCUACAGUAUACUAUAUACUGUAGAUAUACUGUAAGCUACUUCAUGCCGACAGGAAGACCGACUCAUCAAACUUGGACCAGAAAAGCGUUUUCAACUACCUUCAACUACCAACUACCUUCUUAACUUAUGUCACACAUUUCCGGUCCGGUCUCAUCUGGAGACGUGCAGCUGCCUCAGUAAGAGAAGUAGCUCGAGCACAUAUUGUGUACUGUUGUUUAUUCUACCGUUACUGGCACGGCUAACAGUGUAGCAAGGCUAAUAGCAGACUGUUAACUCGGCGUGAUUGAGACCAGCACAGCGGUAAACAUCAUGAAGUGGGUUGAACUGAAACUUGUUGACUUAUUUCCGAAAAAAUCGGCGAGUUUUGGCCGAUUAACCGAUUAGUUUCAAACAGGCAAAAAUUUGCCGAUUUAAUCGGCUCGCCGAUAAAUCAGUCUGGCCCUAAUUAUUUCUGUGCAUGCUGCCCAGAGUAGGGAUUUUACAAUAUGGAAAUUCUACCUCAAGGUUAUUGUGACCAAAAUAAUCACGGUUUUCGGUAUUACUGGGUAUUUUGAAAAAUGUGUUCAAAGGCAUUGAUUACAGCAUUUUUGAUGCUUUUAACCAGCGCUAACAAUGCCUUGUUUUCAUCGUUUCAUCAUAUCUAGACAGGAUUACUAUCUUCAACUGAGCGUUCCCUUAACAUUCCUACAAAACCCAAAAUACGCCCAUACUUCCGACUUGGUCCUCUUAGAGGGUUGAUGGAAAUCUUAAACGCCAUCAUCUCUUCCCUCCACCAUGAUUCCAUUUCAAACUUAAUACAAAGUUUAAACGCAAAUUGUCGGCUACACAGAUUGCCUGCGCAGCUACUUCAGGAGACUCGGAUGAAGCUGGGAUGAUUAACACAGGAUUUCCCUUACAAGCAAUUGAUGGUGGUGCACCGCUGCGGCUAAAUAAAAGCCGCCACACCCGAAAAUGUGUUUUUUCCUUAUGUGGCUCAACCUCAGACUCAUAUGUAUCAGUAUAAUAAGGUGACCAGAUUUCUGUGAUGAAAUCCGGGGAGAUCCGGAGCGGGGAGGGGGCAUGGGCUGCUUGACCACAUACAACAUCUUAGCACUACUUAGUAGCAGCGCACAACUCGUGCUUCCUACCUACUCGGCUACCGGAAAAAACGUUGUUUUAGUCUACACGCAACAUUUGUAUUCUCAUUCAUGAAACGCCUCAGCCAGGGACAGGUCAUCCAAUAUGGGGACUGUCUCUGGAAAGCAGAGAUGCCUGGUCACCUUCCAGUAUACGAACGUGUGGCGCAUGCUCUGCGGUGCGAGUAUUAGCAUUGGCGAGUUUUAUUUGGUGAUCACACAGCUGAUUAAUCAGUGAGUUAUGGUUGGCGAUGGUGGACAGUCAUGACAGUCUGAUUUCUGUUUGAAACAGAUAUUGAGGUGCACUCCAGCUCAGGUUUUUACGUUACAUGAGAACUUGGAUAAAUCAAAAGGCUGCGUGCAUCGACACACUUUUCCAGCUCAGUGUCACUUGUGCGGUUAUAUGAUGUCUGGCAUAAAGUCAUACCACACUUGAGUGAUCCACUUAUGUGCAUUUUCCACUUGUCCUACUCUUCACUGUAGGAUGUUGAGUCUAGUGGACAUUUUCUAUCCGAGCCUUUGCUGCAGUCUGACCACUGACCUUCAAGCUUUUUUUUUUUGGUGCCUGUAUUUUUAGGACAGGCUUUCUUUCUCUCUGCGCUCGCUCACCCUGUCACCGAGUUCAUUAAUUUCAUUAAUCAACAAACUCCCCUGAAGGCACAGUGGAUUAUUAAAGUCAAGAUAAAGUGUAUGUUAUAUUAGAUCUUUCCUCAUUUGGUAUUUAUAGCUCUUUCUUUUUAAUGCAUGUAGCUCAACAAAGCAGCAGCAGCGGGCUUUACUGUGGAGAGCACAACAGAAUAAAAAUAAUCAAUGAAAAUCUGUGGGGCUGAUCUUCUUUUGUGCUUUUAUUGUGAAGGUGUCAGAAGGGCAAUAGAAAGGAAAGUAAACAGAAUGGGCUUUUUUGGCUGUGUAUUGAUUGAUGAAACAGGCGAUACUCUACUGUGUUUGCUGUUUGCCUCGCUGUAUGUCAGUCUGUCCGCCUCCCCGUCCGUCUUUCUGCCUGGCCCAGCACCAGCAGAAGAAAUCGAGCCUCCAUCUGCCCCGUUAUCGCUCUCCCUUUCUGCCUUCAUUGUCCCCCUUUUAUUUCUUACGUUGCCCCCUCUGUCACCUUGCGUUAUCUGUUUUUAUCAGCGUCAUUUUUCUCCUCUCCUGUCACACACGCACACACACCCUCCUCUCCUCUCCACACUCUUACAUAUUCUCCUCUUCUACCCCGACAGGAAUGGGAGGCGGUGUCUGCUCCCCCAUAUGGUGUGUCAGGUUCCAGCAGUGAAAACGUGGGUGGUGUUUUGCAUUUCUAACACGGCGCUGUGUUAAAAAAAGGAGAGAAAUCAUAUGUUGAAAGGGGAGGAAAUAGACAGUGAAGGAGCUAAUCCGUUCAGGAAAAACAGCCUUUAAAGUCGUACUGCAGUGUUCAGCCAUAAAUUAUUAAAAGAAAGAAUAUAUUUGUGAAAAAAAAACAGACAUAAAAAUCAAUAUUUUUAGCUGCCAGACAGUGGGUGAAAAAAAAAAACAAGUGGGUGAAUGUAAGGUCUAGGUAGACUUCCUACUCUUAAUCUCCAGUCAGAGAUGAAGACACGGGAAAAACAAGAACAAUCCCACUGUGUGUUUUUUAAUCAUCUGUUUUGAUUGUUUAUCCGUCUCCACAACACACACAACUGUCCACAGCUACUGUUUCACUGAAAGCACUCAGAGUUGUGAAUAAACAAAGUUACAUUACAUUUCAUACAUGAUUUUCCUCAGCUGAUAAAUACAGAAGAGGAUUGCGGCCACUGGGGAAAAAAAAAAGGUUCAAUAUAUUUUUUGUAAUUUCUAUUCUGAGAAAAAAAGUCAGAAUUCUGAGAUUAAAGUCAGAAUUAUGAGAAAAAAAGUCAGAAUUAUGACUUUAAUCUCAUACUUAGGACUUUUUUCCUCAACAUUCUGAGAUUAAAAUUAAAAUUAUGAGACUGAAGUCAGAAUUUUUAAAUAAAAUUUAGAAUUCUGAGAUUAAAGUCAUAAUUCUGAUUUUUUUCUCAUAAUUCUGAUUUUGAUCUCAUAAUUCUGAUUUUAAUCUCAGAAUUUUAACAUUAAAGUCAGAAUUCCGACUUUAAUCUCAAAAUUCUGACUUUAAUCUCAGAAUUCUGACUUUAACUUCAUAAUUAUGAUUUUUUUCCCCCAGAAUUCUGAGAUUAAAAUCAGAAUUUUGAGAUUCAGGUCAGAAUUCUAUCAGAGCUCAAAGUCCUAGUUGUCUGGUCAACUUAUUGGUCGAUAUGUGCUGAGUCGACCAAAACUCUGAUUGGUCGACUUGAUUUUUUUCCGUGUCAAUUUACCAUCUAUGGUUAAGGAGGAACGUACCAAGUGUUAAUGGGGGUGUUUUCAGAGAACCCCUGUUUCACAGGUAACAGUCUGUCUCAGAACACCCCCCUUAUUUUCACCAUUUUGGAUUUGCCCAAAUCACUGAAGACAGGCUGGAAACAGAAAGAGUGAAGAGCGUCCACGUUAAUCAACGUCUUGGGCUGAUAUCAGUAUGUUUUCACCCCGAUGACCCGUGAGCCGUGUUGUCCCCCACCGCAGAGGGGUUUGUCGGCAAACACCCCCCCGAUUAGUCAAUUUUUGGUUAAAAAUUUCAGGGUUUUAGUUGACCAAGAAUUUCUUUCUUUGGUUGAUUACAGCUCCAAACAAUGUGUGUACGCAACUUUUCUUUAAACGGAGGGGGUUGGAUAUUUGUUAAUAAAAACAUCCAGUUACGUAUGUACAAGGCUUUGAUCUCAUGAAGCCAAGUGUGGAUAUUUUGGAUUAAAACCUUUUCUACUGCUGUUCUGAAGAAAAAUCUGAAUAAAAACAUGAUUUUUGUCAGUAACAGAUGGAAGCCUUCACAGUCCAUCAAGUCUUAUCUAAUACAGUCAAUACUUGUAAAAAGGGCAAGUUGCUUUGAGUUUAUAUUUGACCAUCAGGCUUUGCUUCCAAGUGGAACAGAUGCAGUUUUCUGGGCCACAUUGCUGACACAGGGGUGUGUAUAUGGUGGCGUAAAAAUCUUAUCUCCUUCCAUUACACUGAACAGUACUUUUCUAUCUAUUUAUUUGCUUGUGCUUAAUGUGCUUGCACCCUUGACACAGAUUCAUGUGAUAUCAUGAGUAUUAGAGCAUUAUCUUUUUAGAGAGGAAAGUUGCAUCGGGACGGUUGUGGGAGAUAAAUGGUAAGUAAACCUACUUCAUGCAUGGAGGGAGCUGUAGUAUUUUCUCCUGUGACCUCCUGAGGUUUACAGUGGAGAUCAGCCAGAUUAUGAAUAAUGGAGAAAGGUCAGAUAGAUGUUUAAUGGAUUUAUAUACCACAUGGUCACAGCUGUAUCAACAGGGAUUUUCCAGCAAUCGUUUCAAUAACAAAGAGCCUGGGCUGUAUCUUUAACUGUAAAUCUAAAAGCACUUUGUAAAUACUUUUUGACAAGUACUCCAUAAAUAAAGUUCUUCUUCUUCCUCUUCUUUUACUAUCACCAUCACUGCUAUUGUUUUGUUGUAUUUGUUGUCGACUGUGUUGCUUUUAUGAUCAUCAGAUGUGAGCAUAAGCUUUAAAACCCCUGCUGGGUUAAUUCCACUAAUCUGUGUCCUGACCUCAUUUGAAGCAUCAAUAAAGAGAGGUUAGAUGAUCUAUUUCUGAUACCGAUAAAUAAUCUGCUGAAUGGUUGUCCCAGAUAUUGCAUAAAUCAAUGCUUUAUUUGACUUUAUUAAUGUCUCAGUUGGACAUAACAAUUCUGUAUCAGAGCAAAAACAGGCACAUUUUCUUCUCCACGAUCUUAUGACAUUUUUCUUCCAACUUUAAAGUUGAAGGAAGAAAAACAGGCAAGAGUGAAGAUGAAAUCUACUUAAACAAACUUUAAGGGCUGGACUGGUUGACUGAAAUAUCAGUUCUAGUCUACUAUAUACCUGGAUACCUGGAUACUGCAGGUGAAAUUUCCUGUAUAUCUGUUGUUCCUUGUCAGGGAAUUAGUCGUCAAUCGGUCGGCUGAACUGAAUAACGUUUAAUGUCUUUACUAUUAAAAGUGAAAAAAAGAAACCCACAUCUGUGUGCAGUCUGCCGUGCUUAAAUCUAUUGGGUUAUUUCCAAAUAUUGAUAUGAUCAAUUUAUUGCAUUUUAAAACAACAUUAGAUCGAUAUAAGUUGCCAACUUGUCAAGCACAGAUCGAGUAGAUGGAUCACAGGAAUAUGAAUCAAUAUAUCGAUGUUGUCAUUGAAUUGUUACACCCCUAGUAAAUAGUGAUUUAAUAUUUUCUCCUGUUGCAUUUUGAGUCUUAAAGUGUAGAAAAAACAAUGCAGUGGAGUUAUGGUAAUAACUGUGUAUGGUAAUAAGUGGGUCAGAUUGCAGAGUUGCAGCUUGAGUCCUUACCAAUUCAUCUCCUAAAGUGUAUCGUCAGUUCUUGUUAUGAAGAAUACUGUAAAAAGAUGAGAAUACUGUAUAAUCCAAAUGCAUCCAGUUUAGGUUGUAAAAACAAACAAAUCUCUUCUACUCAUUAGUGACCUAAGACUUGGUUUCCAUGUUUCAAAGAGCCUUUUGCAAAGUCAGGCCUCCAUAUAUGCAGAAAAACACUCAUCGCUCGUUCCAUGAAAUGUGAGGAGCUUUACAGUAAUCCCUCUUCUUAAUAAGCCGUUUCAUGUGCAUCACUAUUCAAAAAGAGGGUCAGGGCGGGACUAAAUCAGUCAUACUGUGUCUUUUUCCGCUCCAAAAGGCGGGUCGCCAUGACUUUAAACACUUCCCUUUUAAUGGAUUGCAGCGGUUAAUGUGGGAGAUGUAAUUUACAAAAGGUGUCAGCGGCAACCAAGGCUGAGAGUCGUGUCCUCCAGUUGACACCAAGUAAACAGUCGCUUAGCUUGCAUGUCCCUGUCCACCCCCACAAUGCUGAUGGAGACUAAUGAUCAUAACCAUAUGUAAUUGCUGUGACAUCUUGUGGUUACGGAUCAUACAGAGCAGUGAAAGCAGGAAUAUGGCUUUAAAGCAAGUCUGCAAAUGGAACCAGGAAAAUUGGAAAUACCCAUCCAUUAUGGAGGAUUUCACUUUUUAAUGGCAACUUUUGAUUUCCUGGUUGUGUUUGGAAAUGUUCCCAUGCACACAGGCAGAUACAGGCAUAUAUGCAAGCUCUACGCAUAUACUGACAGUGAACAUUCAUGUCUUGGCAAACAAAACCAUUUUUUUCACACAGCUAUCCGUUGCACUUGAUUUCCAUAAUUCCAAUUAAACGCUCGCUCAGAAGCAUCCAAUCAGUGUGUCAGGUUGAAAGUAGACAGAGACGAAUCCUUUUAUAUGUAAAUCUGGUUUACUAAAACAUUGUCUAGCCUGCAAGGGAAAUGAAUAUUUCACACCUCAAACCACUCAUCAUCAUAUUUAUUUUCACCAAUACUCAGAAAACGGGUUUGUUUCCAUCUUUGUAGAUUAGCGGUUGACCGCUGUUAAGCAUUAUUUUGAUUCUGCUUGAAAUAUCACACAGUUUACAUGUAGUAAAAAACAGACCAGAACAUUUUGGUUCGUUUCAGAUGAUAUUUUGAAGCUAAAAGACCUAAUUUGCUCAUUUGAUCACCUCUUUGCUGCCUACAGUCAUAGAAAAGGUCAUCUAUGAAACUGUUUGCUUAUUAAAAGGGACAAAAGAACGAUUUUUUCACAGCAAACAGCUGGAAACAGUCACGACGGAGACGAAGGGCUAAUUUAUUUUCCUUGCUAAGCGAAGUGUGUCGGUAAUUAGCCGAGGUCUGCUGCCAGGAAUGAUGAAUGAUUAAAGAAGCUGAAAUACACAACUGAAACCUACGACGGCUUCACCUUCGUAUGCAUUUCCCAAUAACAGAUCCAGUUUGAUCCAUUUAGUCAUAAUGAAGCUUUAUAUAUAUCCGUCCCCAAUUACACGGCAACAUUUAACAAUCUGCAUAACGGGAGGAGAUUUCUCUGAGGAUGAGUCGAAGAUUUCAGGUCAGGAGUGUGGUUAGUGAGCUUUGAUCCUUCGCUUUUACUGAAUGUUUGCAAUUAAAUGAGGAGAGAGCUCAUGGUACAUCUUAGCUGCCACAGAUUAUAAACCCUAUUAAGAAGUUCACUGAGGCUCUUCACUAAUUGAUUUAAUGUCUUUUCUGGACGGGGACUUUGGAUCUACAGAGAUAAAACUGCCUCACAGGGAAAAAGUGUCAGAACUUGUUAGUGAACUCUUUUGGUACCUGAUAUAAAAGGUCAUGGAGGGGACGGUAGGAUGAUAGCAGGGGUGGAUGUACUCGCUUGUACACCGGGACCAGAAGAGUACUUCAACUAAAUUGGAGGUCGGCAAACCUUAAACACUUAAAGAGCCAUUUGGACCCGCAGAAAAGAAAACACAGGGAGCCAUGAAAGCCCUUUGACAUCUAAAAUAAAGAUAACACUGAAUAUAUCGGGGUUUUUUUUAGCCUUUAUGCAAAAUAUGUAAAAACAAACUGUGGUGUGUUGCAUUUAUGAAACCAAUUUGUUCAAACUUUAACCCUCCUCCUGUGUUAGGGUCUGAACCACUUGAAUUUGCUUUUUUACAUCAAGACUUUUUGACUUUGUCAGGAACCUCAAUUUCAACAAAAUAAGAAUUAAAAAAUUUAAUGGACUAAAUUAUAAAACGCUCUUAAAAAUUAUGGCACUUGUCGUGUUAGGGUCGCUGUUGACCUGGUUAGAUCAAUAUCUAAUGAUUAGAGCAAAAACUAAAAUCAUAAGUGCACUGACAGUCAGAUCAUCUUCCAAUCAUGUGAGAUUUAGUAAAUUCUCAUUUUGUCUUGUUUUUCCCUGCACAAAAAACAACGUCAGGCAUGUCCAGACAUGUGAGAUCAAUUCAAUAUAGAUGUCUGUGUGAGGGGUAUAAUGAAAAAGAAAGGCCCAGAGGUCCACAACAAAAAAAUAAUAUAAGCAAUAUUUUCAUGGUUAAUGAAGCCGAACAAGUUAACCUAGAGAUGAGAACCAAAUUGGAUGAUAGAGAAUAGUUUUUAGUGUAAUUUACAGCCGAUUUAAGACACCGACCCUCAACAUAGUGGGUGCGUAGUAAAAGCUAACACAAGAGGAAGGUUAACAAAAGAGGACACUAGGUUAAAGGUUGCUUUCAAAUAUAAUGUUCAAUUUCUAAUAAAAUCCACUUCGUAUUGAUGACAUCAAAAUUUGAACUGGCCACCUGCAGCAAAACAAAAAUGUCGUCUGCUUCUUUGUGCGGUCAGCUGUCAACCUGAAUAGAAAAACACUAUUUCAAUGAACACUGUGACAUAAAUAUUUGCAAAAUAUGAAAUUUACUCGCUCAAUGUGACUUUCGCUCCUGAACUUAAGCGCACAGGUUUUCAGUUUUCGCAAGUCGGCAGUUAUGACGCAUAUUUUGAGUAACAAAAAUAAUUAAAUACGGUUUAUUUAAUGUUACAAGAGCAUCAUAAUAUUAGAAUUUAGAAUCCUUAAAAAAAUUAUAAUUUAAUAUUAUUUUAUUUACUUUAUUUUCCAAAUCCACAGGUUGCAAACCCCUGAAUUAAAUCAUCUAACAGCUGCAGGCUGUUUUACUCUUGCGAUCGAUAGCACCAGAAAUAAAGACACAACAUCUUUCCUAAAACAUAAAAUCACAUAUAAAAAAACAGAUAAAAUAAUCUUAAAAGCAUAUAAUGUAGGUAAAAUAAUAGCCAUGCAAUAGAAGAAACAAUAAAAUGAGAUAAAAAUCGAAUCAAAUCGACGUCUUACUAAGAAACAAAGGCCAAGGAGGAGAGGUGGUUUAAGAAGAGAGAAGUGAGUCACUUUGAGCUUCAAAACACGGAGAUGUUAAAAUAGCAGCUCAAACCAGGAGCCACAGAGGCGUCAUUUACCUCAUUUACACCUUCUGUUUAAGAAACAGUGUAGAGAUGGUGAGAAAACAAGAGCACAGCAGCAGAAGAGUGUCGAGAAAUUGGCUUUAUUACCCUCCUACUGUACCCGCAGGACCUGCUACCUCAUAAUUAUCCACACACAGUGUCACAACCUGAUCCAUUCAUCUUCUACCUCAACAGGGACGCCUUACCUUGAGGAGCUGUUAACCUCAGCCUGCAGCAUCUUAGUGCAUCGUUUAUUAUCAGGACACACACACACAUACACACACGGGUUUACACCCUCCAUCUUUUCACUGUCUAACCCUAACCCUAACCCUAGCAUACUGUAUAUAAACUACAUCCACAAACACACAGAAACACACACUGACUGGUGUUUGUUGGUGUUCGUUCCUCUCUCAGGUGACGAUCCUGAUCAUCCUGGCCCUGGCCUUCCUCGCCUGCAUCGUGUUCCUGGUGGUUUAUAAAGCCUUCACCUACGAUCAUGCCUGCCCAGAUGGAUUCAUUUAUAAGGUGAGACCCAUGAAUGGUUUGUGAGUUUGUUCCCGCUCACCUUUUCACAACCCGGAGGUCAGUGAGGUGGUGAAUAGUGCCGCUAUGAUGAAGGAGCCACGCAAAGGUUAGCUUCCAAAUGUCGACAGGAAAUAAAACACACAAACAUAGAUCGAGAAGUCAGUUAACAAAAGAUUCUCGCUCAUGUAAAACAGUGCUUGAACAAUGCUCGAAUACGCCCAGUUAUUUAUGAGUGAAUGCGUAAAAUUAAUUAACUUAAUGAGCAAAUUUAGCACCUCUUCACCCUGCAAAUGAAACUGAAGUUCCUCAUUCCUGGAGCUGGGCUAACUCGCUUUCUGGCUGAGAUUGAGACGUAAAGAUAGAUCACUUCAUCCAUUAGACACGAGGUUACAGCGAGGAGCGCAUAAAAAUAAUCCUUCUCAGCAUGGUGAAUAGUGUCAAGAGGUGAAAUGCUUUUUGGCUGCAGCUGGUAACUCUCUGGUGUCUCUGUUGGGAGCUGCUCCGAGCCAAGUGUUUGUCAGGCACUUAAAUUACAGUUUACUCUCAAAAACAACUCAGAUGAAAAUAGUCGGUGCUGCAGGGAUUAGCUUUGAUCGCUCAGGCUAGUUUCUUCCCCACGUCAAGUCUCUGAGUUUUAUUUAACGAUUAUCAGGGGCGGUGCCACCAACAUGUCGUCAUAACCGCACAGCUUUUCUAUUCGCCUGUUUGCGCUCAUGUUUUCGGAAAGGAGCGGAAAGAAACAGAGGGAGAGAAUGAAUAUUUUUCAUGUCGGGGAGGGUUGUCGGCUUCGAGGGAAUGCAUAUUAUUGGUAGAAAACCACCCAAAAGUGGAUUUUUCAUAAUAGGGGAUCUUUAAGAAGGGUGUCUGUCUUCUUCGUAAACGUUUCCUCAAGUGAAUUGUGUUAUAUUGAACAACUGAUCAGUCAAGUCAUCCUCCCUGUGCUCAACAACCAUCCACUUGAUUUAUUCCAGUCCACCCACAAAGGGUCAAAGGUGAGGGUGCUGCCGGUUCUCCCACAGCAGGAGAAAAUAUGGAAGUCUACUGACCUACUUUUUCUCAUUUCUGUCAUGGGAAGAUAACAAGGUUUAUCAGACAGACGACAUUGAUCAUUAAUAUCACAGCCAGUGUAAUCAUGUGUAAUUUUGGGUCAUUGUUCCUGAAGCCUCAGAAAGACCCUCUGCUUUAGGCCGCAUCCAUGAGUAAUUAGCCACGUCAACGUUUAAGUAAAAAUUAGGCUCACUGCCAUUUGCACAAUUAUAACCGCCUAUUAUAAUCACAAAUUUACGAGCCAUCUGACUGAACAGGAUCAUUCAACCAUCCUCACCCGACACUGUGCUUAUACAGUAUGUAAAGUAUUAGUUUUGGAUGUGGACAGCCACUACAGAAGAGGAUUAGGGCCACGCUGAAAAAAAGGAAGAUUAAACUCAGAAUUCUGACUUAAUCCAAGAGGUCCGGUUUUAAUCUCCGAAUUUUAUCUUUAAUCUCAGAGUUUGGAUUUUUAGUUUUCUCAGAAUCCAGUCUUUAAUCUUGGAAUUCUGAUGUUAAUCUCAGAAAUCAGACUCUUCCUUUUUCCUCAGACUCCUGAUUUUAAUCUCAGCGUUGUGACUUUUAACUCAUAAUUCCGAUUUUUCUUUUCAGAAUAAUGAUCAAAUAUAUAUAUAUAUCUGACCUUUUUUUCCCAGCGGCCCUCAUCCUCUUCCGUACAGCCUCUGCUCCCCUCCCCGGUACUUUCAGAUUUUCUCCGCACUGCACUCUUAAGUUUCACAGGAGUUUUAAGAGGUCACCUUGGCAGUUUGUGUCUCAGGACAAAUCUGUCUUUGAGGUGGAAUAAAUCUAGUUUCAGGCCCACAGCCUCUGCAGGGGCUCUGACUGCAGUCUGCAGAGGUAUUAUUAGAAGUGUCACAUGCUCCUUCACCUUCAGCAGAAGUGUCAAUAGGAAACUGUACAAAGGGAUGUGAAUACUCAGUCACACACACACACACACACAUUGAAAUACAGGUUGUUGUCAAUAUAUACACACUUAAGCAUAUUCUAAUGCAAAUGCAAAAGUAUGCUCAGUAAUACGGCUUGUGAGAAACUGAAAAUACUCAACAAAAAACUGAGAGCUGACUCUCUCUUCUCCUUAUUUUCUGUAACACAAAGAGCUUAUCAGGAAAAGGGCACACACACACACACACAUAUAUAUAUAUGUAUGUAUGUAUGCAACGCCACCAUUCCCCUCCGUGUUGUACACCUAUAUUUAUGUAAAUCUCUACAUCAGUAUAUGUCUACAUAUAAAUCAGCUCAACUCUGUGCACAUGCAGUCUGUGCCUUUUCCAGUUUAUAUGCCAGUACCUCUUAAACUAAGGUGACCAGACUUCUGUAAUGAAAUCUGGGGUCUAAUUUGAUUUUCUAUUUCCUUCCUACCUGCCCGGCUAACAUAAUAACCCUUUUUCUAGUCUACAUGCAACAUUUUUAUCUCAUUCACAAAACUCCAAAAUUCGGGACAUUUUCAGGGACAGCUUUAGCCUUAGACAGGUCAUCGAAAACAGGGACUGUCCCUGGAAAUCAGGAAUGUCUGGAUACCCCAUCAUAAACAGCCUGAGCCUGCUCGUUAUAAUUAUUAUAACCUCUAUUUAACCAGGUUAGUCUCAUUGAGAUCCAAGAUCUCUAUUGCAAGAGCAACCUGGCCAAGAAUGACAGCCCAUAAAAAAUGUUCAUAAAAUUAUAUUAAACACAAUUAAUCACGAUACUACGACGGAGUAUUAGGGCCACCUUAAGAAAAAAAAAACAUUUUAGACUUUGAAAUUACUUAGGAGAAUAAAGUCGUAAAAAAGUAAUUUCUUGUGAGAAUAAAGUCGUAAUUAAUUGGUACAAGAAUAAAGUCGUAGCUAAUUGCUAUUCUGACCUGUUGUUAGUUGUUUCAAUGAGCGCUGUGGAGCAUUUAGAUGAAUUCAACUACAGUAGCUGGUUUCACAAACAAGGAGAUGAAUCCUUGACGUUUCUGCAUCACAUUGUCAGAAGUAUCGGGACAUAUGAAAGAAAUGCAUCUUUUCCGCAGAAAGAACCAGGCGGACUUGUAGAGAAUCGCUGUUUUUGAGGAGGGGGAAAUGGCUGGAAAUGACUGUGCAGAGGCUUAAUCCCUCAAUGCAGCCGUUUAUAGAUAUAGCAAUAGCACAUGGUUUUAGUUUAUCAUAUGAAUCUAUUUGCCAUAAGGUGUUGGUGCCUCUGCAGGUGGAGGUUGCUGCCGGUGUUGUGUCGGCAUCAGAGACAGACGCAGUGCUCGUCGGAGCUCGACUCCCUCCGAAUCGCAAUUGUUGAUCAUCAGUUGGAUUGUUUCUUGAGAAACCACAAAAUCCCUCUGAAUGGCCCACUGAUGCACCCACUGAUAACUCUGCAGUCGACCAGUUCCAGACAUUUCCUCCUCCACAAAAGCAGCUUUAAGACUUCAUUUACUUUACGACUUAAUUUUUGUCAGUAAUGAUCUUAUUACAGCUUUAUUCUCCUAAGUAAUGAUUUUCCUACCACUUUGUUCUCGUAAGUAAUGACCUAAAUCUCAAAGUCUUCAUUUUUUGUUUCCGAAUGUGGCCCUAAUACUGCGUUGUACGAUACAAAUAACAAUUGCAAUAACAAGAUUUGUUAAAAUACAAUAUUUCACUCAAGUUAAACAAGUGCAAUACCAGACUGUGGAGUCUGAGCACUGACUGAGAGGAACUCCAUGUUCUUGGGGGGGAAAAUCUAAAAGCCUUCUUCCCCACUUCUGUUCUUUAAAAAGUCAAAAAGCAGUUUUGUUUCAUGUUCAUUAAUUAAUUUGGAUUCCAUUAACCAACCAUAAAUUUCAUCUCUUACUCUUAUUUAUUUAUCCGUAGAAGUUUUAACUAUUUUCUUUCUCCCCUCUACAGCACAAGCGUUGUAUCCCUGCUUCUCUCGAGGCGUACUACGCUGCCCAGGACGCCAACUCACGGGGACGUUUCUACACAGUGAUCAGUCACUACAGCAUGGCCAAGCAGACCACCUCGCACUCUGUCUCCCCCUGGCUGCCCGGAGGAGCAGGGGGGCAGCAGCACGACACCAAACCCCCGAGCGGCGAGGGUCACUGAGUUAGCUGAGCAGUUAAAAACCCAAACCGACACAUGCAGACGUUACGAUCAAAGACACAGGCGAAUUCAGAGGCAGACGUAAAUAUGUAGGUAAAAAAGGUAGAAAAAUAGACACAUACAAACCGUCCUUAUGUAUGAAGAUAUUCAGUGAAAGCAUGCAUGCAGACAUAAAACAACACCAAGCACACGCUCGGUUUUCUGAUUUACAUCGACGGCUCAUUCUAGUGCUCAUUGUCUUAGAAAAGGGCAUUUCCCAUCGAACCUUAGCUCUUGUUACUCUCAUUGUCUGCUGACACACACACACACACACACACACACACACACGCACACACACACACACACAUACACAUACACACAGUCUGCGCUCUUGCUACCAUCUCUCUCUCUCUCUCUCUCUAAUUUAUUAUCCAUUGACUGUCAUGCUAAACAUAUUUUUGAACUGUAAUGUAUUGACAGUUUUUAUGUGACUAUCUACUCAUCUGUACAAAGACGAUGAAAUUCAUUCUUGUGAGAUCAUGUGGAGUUUGGAGUUUCUUUUUUAAGCGUGUAAACUGAAGUGACUGUAUAUCCAUUUAAAACUGCAUAACCUCAGGCACCUCAGUCAAAUAUCACACACUCACACACACACUCACACACACACAUACAUUUCUCCCACUUCAUACUCCAAAGAAAAUAGACGACCUGCUACUGCAGGAACACAUCUUUUUUUAUCACCAGAUCUCACCUUUACUGUGCGAGAAAACUUCCACAUCCUGAGUUGAUUGAAUGAGUUUUUCCAUCAUGGCUGUUUGAUAGCUCUCAUAUGAUGACAUUUCAAUGUGCUGUGCUAUACAUUUUACAUCUUGGAAACCCCCCCAGUGACCCUAAGCUGUAUAUACAACUGUGCGUCCAAGCUAGUUUUUUGUGUCUGUAUGCAUUGUAGUAGCUUUUACUAGAUUUUUCUUCUUUCUUAUUUGUUUUUUUUUAACAGACAUACACUUUAUGUUCAUAUUGCUUCAGCUGCCAGUCCUGUAGCUCCAUUAAAAACAAAAUAGCAGAUCUGCAGAUGGAAAAGGAAAAACCCUGCAUAAGACGGUGUCUUGCCAAAACAGUUUUUUUUUUUUUUUUUAGCUGUGUUUUAAUCUGUUCAUUGAUGGGCUUCAACUGCAGCCAGUUUUCUCCCCUCUAAUGUUAUUUUUCAAUUUGCAAUGUUGAAUCUGUUGUCAAGAGUGCUUUUAUGAGAUGUCGUGAUGUUAGUUGAUAUGUAGCGAUACUCGAUGUAAUUUAUUAGUGUGCAUCCUUGUUCCUCUCUUCUCUUGGUUCGGAUUCAAAAUAAAACAAGCUGUGACCUGUGCUGAGAGUGUCUGUCAGUCCUGCUUACCGCUGUGUCUCUUCAGCGCUCACGCAGUGCCUAAUGUGGCCUUUAGGCAGUGCUGUGUGAGUGACAGUGAUGAUGACUGCUUAUAGAGCACAUUGUAUAAUUCAAAUGUUCUGGAACCUGAUGCAGCAGAUAUGUACUCUGCUGUCCAUGCACAGAUCUUUCCAGUGCUGCAUGAUGAUGAGCACCUAGUGCCUGUGUUUGUACUGAGUAUCCAUCAAUCAUCAGUGAUUGGCAGGGAAGUUCUCUGUGUUUUUACUGCGAAUUAGUGAGUCUUUCUUUGCUUAAGGCUUAUGUUUUACUGAAUCUAUUGGCAUCGGCUGUGUUUUUCAAGACUGAGGGAGUGAAACACAUGGAGAGAGAAAGAAGACAGGAAAAGAUACAAAAUGUUUCAUAUUGGCAGGAUAAAUAAGUGUAAAAAUGUUUCCAGGAAGUUAACUUAUUACAGAAAAAAAUAAUUAUGUGGGGUGCAAAAAUUAAUAACUAAUAACUUUUGAAAAUGGAGCUGCACAAAAAAAGUUGAACUUGAGCACAAACCAUCUUACUGUAACUACAUGUCAACAUCGCAACCAGGGGGGAGAAACAUUUAUAUUCUGUGUAAUAAAUUUCUUAAGUUUGUCCACAGCUCCAUAGGGAUUGCUGGAGGAGGCGGAAUUUAUGACCUAUACUGCAGCCCGUCACCAGAGGGUGCUGUUCUUGUGGUGGCUUUAUCAAGCGAGGAGGCAGACGGCGUCCAUUCUAUAUACAGUCUGUGGUCGAUACCUGCUUUUGUGUCAGAGUCUCUAAACUCCAGAAAAGGUCGCUAGAUUUGUCGCUAGGUUCUUUUUUGAAUAAAAUCGCUAGGGGGGUCUGAAAAGUCGCUAAAUCUAGCGACAAACUCUGUAGAUUGGCAAAACUGGGUAUUCCCAUAUCUACACCUUUAAUUGCUAAGGGGAAUUUCAUAGAACUGUAAAAACAAGUAUCAGCUGACAGAUCCCUGCGCUGUGGAAUAAUUGUUUGAUUGUGCGCUCUAGUUUUAUCAAGAAUCCAACUUCUGCAAAACAGACCUCUGUGAACAUUAAAACCUUUGGUGGAGCUGGCAGAGCUGUAGUACUGCCAACGUAACGGCUCUUAGGAACUAUUGAGCGCUGUUGAAAAACUCAUUAAAGUUGAGUUGCUCUCUUAACGGAUAUUUAAAUGCUGACAGCUGAUCAUAAAAGACAUCCUCCUGAUGUUAGGAGUUUCUUUUUUUUUUUUAACUCUCAGGUGAAUAAAUAACAGAACUGACUCAUAAUCAGAACUGGACAGAUGGUUGCUUAUGCAGUGCUUACACAAUGCUAACACAAUGCUGACAUGUUGUGAAUAGAGGGGUCAGGUGCAGAGAAGCAGCUGGUGGCGUCACAUGGACGAUAAGUGGUCGUCUUUUUGCUUCAAACACCAACAAAGGUCAGAAACUAAAAAGGAAGGUAUGCCUUUGAAAUAAGAGUCGGCUAAACUAAAGACACUUUCCCCUCGAGUUUUUAUCAUGAUACCGACAGUCCCAGAAAAAUCGACUCUUCUACAACAUCUUAGGGUGCAGCUUUUAUGAUCUUUGCAUCUCCUCGGCAUAAACAGAGCUGCUGGGUUUCAGAUCCAUUUCUCCCUGCUGCAGCUUACAAUCUUCACCAAGCUUAUUGCACCAUUCAUUUUAAAAGACCUUAUGGCCCUGAUUACUUCCGAGGGACAAUUGGCAAUCAGAUAUGGGAUGAACUGUGGCUUAAUCCUCUCUCCAGCACUCUAAUUAUGAUGGCAAAUAGCUUCCAGUGCAAUAAUUCAUGCUGAAUUCCUGCCAGUGCAGGAUAUUAGGUAUUGACGUGAAUGAGGACUGAUUGUUGCAGACAGGUCGUUGGUGUUUUCCUGAAGCAGAGAGGGGCAUUUCGGGUAAAACAAGAGAAAGAGAGUAAGAAGUGGAAGAGAAGAAAAGUCCUGUCGUGAUUGGCACAGAGGGAAAUCAAGCCCGACAUGAGGAAAUGCGCAGCUGUGUACGUUCAUCCAACAAUCAGAGUCGGAGCUUGUCAACAGGCAAGGCAGGCAGUUGCUUGGGGCCCCAGGCCACAAGGGGGCCCCCAAGGGCUGACGAACCUCACUCCAUGAAAAUGUCCUGAAAUAUUGCAACCCCAUUCAACAACUAGUGAUCAAAUUGCAAUUACAUUUUACAUGGAUACCCCCUGUAAGGGGCCCCAUGUCAUCUCUGUCGCACUGCUACGUGACCUAUGCCCAUCUUUACUUACGUGUGUCAAUCAAAGUAACAUCGAAAUUGGCCGUGAAGUGGAGCAACUUAUCAGGGAGUGAGAAAAGAAAGAGAAGUAAAGAGAAAGAAAUAACGAGAAAGCAAGACGAUGGUAAGUGGAGCAUAUUGCGUUAGCUAGCAUUAGGUUUAAGGCUGUUAUUGUUUGGUGAUCAGUUAGCCAUGUUAGUGGAGUGGGGGACGUUAGCCUGGGGUUUGCGCUUCGUGAGUCGCUGUUAGCCUGUGUUCACACAAUCGCACUUUCUUGCGAGGUUAGCCAACAGAGAGAAAGUGCGCUAGUAAGGUUCAAUACUGAAAUUUCACCGCUUACCAAAACACCAGGGUGGGAGCUGAAAAAGUCUCAACUUGAGUGGAUAUUCACGUCACGAUAACAAAUCAGCAAGAAGGUUGCCGGGUGAUGCAUGAAAAUGGACGGUUGUUCACUGUUAAUUGAAACGCUAUUGAUUUAAAUUAUGUCUCAAUUAGCCAAACUGGAAUACAGUCUCCACACAGUAAGCGCGAGUUAAAUCAUUCAUGCGAAAUAAUUACAUGAUAAGUCAAUGAAAAGACGCGAUUAGACACUCCUACUACUCUGGCGGCAUGAAUGAUCUGCGCUUGGGAGGGAGCUAAAACACUGUCUCAACUUGAGCGGAUAAUUUAGACAGUGUGCUUUCUGCGAUAACUAAUCAGCACAAAGAUUGUAAAUCUCAGACAUUAGAUCUUAAAACAAAGGUGAGGUGCUGUUGUGGUAAAAAAAAAUCCAGAGCUGUAGCUGUUUUAGAGCAACAUUUUCAAGUUAUGUGGUAAUAAUGCUAAUUGUUUUUAAAAGUUUCUGUUUCUGACCUGUUUUGUUGGUUUCAGAUCAUUUCUAUGUUUAACACUUGUCAGAGGGGCCCCUUGAGAAUUUUUACUUAGGGCCUCAGAACACUCUAGAAUCAGCACUGCCAAAGAGUCAGCAGAAUUCAGUGUUUUGGAGGUGAUAUUUGUAUCCACUUUAGAACAGAUACAGUUAGACACAGUUUUCUCUUCAGAUCCUCAUGUUGACUUAAAGCUGGCUGUCUUCAAUGACGAAAACAGAGACAUACAAAUAAAGGAAAAUGUGGACCAGCUCAACUUCUCUCCAUGAGACAGCUUCAUAAAACGACAUCUUUCUAAUCUGCAUGAUUUCGUACAGAGACUUUCUUCAUUUACAUUCAUUUAGCUAAUGCAGUCAGGGAUAUUCUUGUCACAGAUUUUCAUUUAUUGCCAAAUGGUUAUACAUUUAUGCUUGGCACUAACGGCUCUGCUUUUAAAGGGCUUGCCAAGCAACAAGUAUUGGCUUUCUGGGGCGGGUGUAGUAAAAUCUUCUGCAAGGGUGCAAGCAAUCUUUUAGCUCAGAGACAAGGAGGAGGCAGAGUUUUGCCAGCAUCAGCAGAGUGUGGGCUGCGUUUGGUGAGGCAGGGAUCAGUGUUUAAGUGAAGAGCCUUGUUGUGAACAAAAAGCUGUGAUUGGUGUUAAAGACAAUACUUCAAUCAGCAGUCUGUCAGCUGACUACAACAGAGCCCUCUGACUCCUGAGUCCUUCAUUAACUCAUUCAGUGUCGAUGAUGGAUCUGGACUGAUUUUUUUAGUUUUUUAGUAUUCCGCCAGAGGGCACUCCUGCCCAACAUGCGACUAAGUUUGGGGUCGUUCUGAAGGCAGAAAGCCGUCAAAUACGUCAUAACCAUGUUACAAUAACAAAAACAAGAACUUGCCAGUGAGAAGUGUGCCAUCAAGUGUGCCAGUUAGCCUAGUUCUGGAGUGGUCUUUCCUCUAUUAGGACAGUAGGAAAAUGCUGAAGUCAUUAGCCAAGAGCUAACGGUCUCGGCGAAUUGGCU